CCAGCCUUGCCUCGGGUGUAGGGAUUGCAAGGGAAAAGCAAAACUACACAGUCUUUACCCCUGUGUAGUUUUGUUUUGGGGUCGUUUCGAGGUUCAACUGUUCUCACCUUGGAUAUUCUGGAAACAUACUGGAUAAAAGGAUUGUUGCUGAGGCAGUAGCCUUCUGGGCACAGUCCCAUCAGUUACAGGCACCAUUAUAAUCCAAGGUGCCUACUAUCAUGACAACACAGGCGCCAACAUUUACACAACCGCUUCAAAGCGUUGUGGCACUUGAGGGUAGUGCCGCAACCUUUGAAGCUCAAGCUAGUGGUAAUCCAGUUCCUGAGGUGAGCUGGUUUCGUGAUGGCCAGGUUCUUUCUACUGCCGCUCUGCCCGGCGCUCAGAUCUCGUUCAGCGAAGGCCGCGCUGUUCUGAAGAUCCCCGCCGUGACAGCCGCACACAGUGGAAGAUUUUCUGUGAGAGCCACCAAUGGAGCUGGACAAGCCACUAGCACUGCUGAACUCCUGGUUACAGCGGAAACUGCGCCCCCAACCUUUAUUCAGAGAUUACAAAACAUAACUGUGCAACAAGGAAAACAAGUGAGACUGGACGUCCGUGUGACAGGAAUCCCUACACCUGUGGUAAAGUUUUACAGAGAGGGAGCUGAGAUUCAGAGCUCAGCUGACUUUCAGAUUGUUCAAGAUGGAGAUCUUUACAGUUUGUUGAUUGCCGAGGCUUUUCCUGAAGACUCUGGUACAUACUCAGUUAUUGCCUCCAACAGCAGUGGACGUGCGACUUCGACUGCAGAACUACUGGUUCAAGGCGAAGAAGUUGCAGUGCCUGCUAAGAAGACUAAGACAGUUGUUUCAACUUCUCAGAUUUCUCAGAGCAAGGUGGAAAAGAAAGUGGAGGCCCAUUUUGAAUCAUCAGCCAUGAUAGAAAUGCAAAUGGAGGGGGGCUUUGAGAUCGAACAUUUGGCUCACAAGACACCUCCUCGUGUGCCUGGAAAACCAACCUCAAUGUCCCCACCACCAGCUUCAGCAGUUUCAAAGGUUGCAGCUGCUCGCCACCAGUCACCUUCCCCUGUAAGACAUGUUAAGGCUCCAACCCCCACACCUGUGAGGCCUGGGUCCCCAACUUCAAGAGUGUCUGUGUCCCCUAUCAGACCUGUGAAGUCUCCUUUAACCACACGCAAGUAUGUCACACAGGCUGCUGAUGUUUUGCCUCCGUGGAAGCAGGAAGGCUAUGUAGCAGAUUCCAGCUAUACUACAAUGUCUGCUGGAUCCACAUAUGUACAGUCCUCUUCCACACAUGUCCAAAAAGAACAGUGGGAAGGCUCUUUUGCCAUGCAGCAACAGAUCAGUGGAGCAAUGAUCAAAGAGGUCGUGGAGGCUGCAAUGAUCCCUUCACACAUGCAAAUGCAAGUGAUGCCACCAACAGUUGUGGCUUGCUUGAAGAACCUGACUGUUACUGAAGGAGAGUCUGUGACACUGGAGUGCCAGAUCUCAGGCCACCCCACACCAGGCAUUAUGUGGUUCAGAGAGGACUACAGGAUUGAAAACUCUAUUGACUUCCAGAUCACAUAUGAGCAAGGAUAUGCCCGUUUAGUGAUCCGUGAGGCUUUUGCUGAGGAUAGUGGACGUUUCACAUGUACUGCAACAAACGAGGCUGGAACAAUCAGCACCUCCUGCUACCUGCUUGUGCAAAUCUCUGAAGAAAUUGAGAGUCGGGAGGAUCUAACUGCUGUUUCUGAACAUGUCGAAGUAUCAAUGCAAGAAAGACAGAUUGCAGUUGAAGCCAGACAAGAGAUCAGGUCAGAAAUCAGUGCUGUAUCUGAAUCUGUGGACACUGGAGCAGCUGUGGCUCCAUUCUUUGUGAGUAAGCCCACAGUGCAGAAACUGGUAGAAGGUGAUAGCAUUGUCUUUGAAUGCCAGAUCGGAGGUAGUCCUAAACCUCACAUCUACUGGAAAAAGAAUGGAAUUCCACUCACUACUGGAUACAGAUAUAAAGUUGCUUACAAUAAAGAAACUGGUCAAUGCAAAUUGGAGAUUUCUAUGACAUUUUCUGAUGACGCUGGAGAAUACGCAGUAUUUGCCAGGAACAAGCAUGGAGAGGCAUCUGCAUCGGCUGUGCUGCUUAAUGAAGAGGCAUAUGAAGCUUACAUAAAAGAACAUGAAGUGACAUAUAAGACUGAAGUGACAACAGUAGUGGAGCCCAGAGUUGGAGAUGUACCACCAGUAUUUACAAAUGAACUUGAAAAAGAGCAGUUACUCAUGCAGAGGAAAAUGGCUAAACAAACACAAAUGAUGCAUUCAUUCACCUCUGAACAGGAGUUUCAGAUAUCUUCUGUUGAGCAGAGGUUCAUGUAUGAGAUUGAGUGCCAUCUUCUUAAGAUUACCUACCAAAAAUUGCUGGCUGAUGAUGGGGAGCAGAUGGACAUGACAAUUUCAGAGCAUGAGUGUGAAUUCCCAGUUUUUAACACUCCAGUGAAAAAUUACAAGCUCAGGGAAGGAAUGAGUGCUACACUGCACUUUAAAAUGACAGGAACACCACUUCCUAAGAUUGCGUGGUAUAAAGAUGGCAAACGCUUAAGACAUGGAGAACAUUAUCAAAUGGAGGUUCUUAAAGAUGGUAGAGCCAGUCUACGUCUUCCUGUGGUGCUGCCAGAGGAUGAGGGAAUCUACACUGCUUUGAUUAGCAACAUUAAGGGUAAUGCUGUCAGCUCUGGCAAGCUGCAUGUGGAAUUAUCUGAUUCAGUGGUACAGCCACGGUACCGUCAACCAGAAACAGCUCAGAGAAUCAGAUCCACUUCACCACGCUCUACCAGUCGUUCUCCUGCUCGCAGACUGGAUGAGACUGAUGAAGCCCAACUUGAAAGGCUUUAUAAGCCUGUAUUUAUCACAAAGCCUUCUUCCUUUAAGUGCUCUGAGGGUCAAACUGCAAGAUUUGAUCUGAAAGUUGUAGGAAGGCCCAUGCCUGAAACAUAUUGGUUCCAUAACGGACAACAAGUCGUAAAUGACUAUACUCACAAGAUUGUGGUAAAGGAAGAUGGAACCCAGUCAUUGAUUGUGGUUCCGGCUAUGCCUCAUGACUCUGGAGAAUGGACAGUUGUUGCUCAAAACAGAGCUGGAAAAACCUCUGUUUCUAUGACUCUCUCUGUUGAAGCUAAGGAAAACUUGGUGAGACCCCAGUUUGUUGAGAAGCUGAAGAACAUUAGUGUUAAAACAGGCAGCUUGGUUGAGUUGGCGGUUAAAGCAAUCGGCUCACCUCUCCCUGACAUUGUUUGGUUGAAGAACAGUGAUAUCAUCACCCCACAGAAGCACCCACACAUCAGAAUUGAGGGUGGUAAAGGGGAGGCUUCUUUCAAGAUCCCCCAGACUUCUGGAUCUGAUAGUGCAUGGUACACUGCUACAGCUAUUAACAAAGCUGGCCGAGAUACUACUCGCUGCAAAAUCAAUGUUGAAGUGGAGGCAGCUGGACCUCAGCCAGAGAGAAAGCUUAUUAUUACUAAAGGAACUUACAAAGCUAAGGAAAUUGCUGCACCGGAGUUGGAGCCACUGCAUCUUCGUUAUGGUCAGGAACAAUGGGAGGAGGGCGACCUUUAUGACAAGGAGAAGCAACAGAAGCCUCAGUUCAAAAAGAAACUGACAUCUGUCAGACUAAAGCAGUUUGGUCCUGUACAUUUUGAAUGCAGACUUACCCCUAUUGGUGAUCCCACAAUGAUUGUUGAGUGGCUGCAUGAUGGCAAGCCCCUGGCAGCUGCUAACAGACUACGUAUGGUCAAUGAGUUUGGAUACUGCAGUCUCGACUAUGAAGCUGCUUAUGCCAGAGACAGUGGUGUCAUCACAUGCAGAGCUACCAACAAGUAUAGUGUUGACCAGACCUCAGCCACAUUGAUUGUGAAAGAUGAGAAGAGCCUUGUUGAGGAAAGUCAGUUGCCUGAGGGUAGGAGGGGACAGAGAAUAGAUGAAAUUGAGCGUAUUGCCCAUGAGGGAGGUCCUACUGGAGUUACUGGAGAUGAAACAACAGAGAAAACUAAACCUGAGAUUGUACUGCUUCCAGAGCCCAUUAGAGUACUGGAGGGAGAAACUGCUAAAUUCCGUUGUAGAGUAACUGGAUACCCAACCCCAAAAGUCAACUGGUACCUGAAUGGACAGCUUAUUCGCAAGAGCAAAAGAUUCAGGCUACAGUAUGAUGGCAUUUACUACCUUGAGAUUGUGGACUGUAAGUCUUAUGAUUCAGGAGAUGUGAAGGUUAUGGCAGAGAACCCUGAAGGUGUCAUUGAGCAUGUUGUGAAGUUUGAGAUUCAACAAAGGGAGGACUUCCGAGCAGUUCUGCGUCGGGCCCCAGAAAUUAAGCCUCCUCCAACUGUUCAAGAGCAUGGAAGGGUGUCCUUUGAGGUUAUUAAACCAGAGAAGUCCUCAGAAAUCUCUGUAGAGUCAAAAGAGGUGGUAAAGUUGAAGAAAGCAGAGAGGGUAAUUCAUGAGAAAUUAACUGAGGAAUCCGAAGAGCUGAGAAGCAAAUUUAAACGCAGAACCCAGGAAGGCUACUAUGAGGCAAUUACUGCAGUUGAACUUAAGUCCCGUAAGAGAGAUGAGUCCUAUGAAGAUAUGCUUAGGAAGAGAAAAGAUAAACUCCUUCAUCAUACCAAAGAACUAACUGAGGCUGAAAAGAAAAGGGAAGAAGAGGAACAUAAACUCACCAUUACCAAAAUCAAACCAGACAGAAUAAUACUUUCACCCAGUAUGGAGGCUCCAAAAAUUCUGGAGCGUAUUCAGAGUCAGACAGUUGCCCAAGGAGAUGAAGUGCGCUUCCAUUGCAGAGUAGUUGGUAAACCAGAUCCAGAAUGCCAGUGGUUCAAAAAUGGAGUUUUGCUGGAAAAAACAGAGCGAAUUUAUUGGUACUGGCCCGAGGACCAUGUCUGUGAACUGGUCAUUAGAGAUGUGUCCACUGAAGAUUCUGCUAGUAUCAUGGUCAAAGUUAUGAACAUUGCAGGAGAGACCUCAAGCCAUGCAUUCUUACUGAUUCAAGGAAAACAAGUUCUAUCAUUUACCCAAAUUCUAGAAGAUCAAAAUGCCAAAGAAAAGGAUACCAUGGUGACCUUUGAAUGUGAGACCAAUGAGCCCUUUGUCAAGGUUAAAUGGCUGAAGAACAAUGCAGAGAUUUUCUCUGGAGACAAGUACAGGAUGCACUCUGACAGAAAGGUGCAUUUUAUGUCUGUACUGAUCAUCAACAUGAGUGAUGAAGCAGAGUAUAGUUGUGUAAUUGCUGAUGAUGACAACAUAAGAACAACUGCAAGACUCCAUGUUGAAGGUUCACCACUUGAAAUUUUGAAGAAUCUUGAGAAUACAGAAGUACCAGAGUCAUACGCAGGGGAGUUUGAAUGUGAAGUGUCCCGAGAAGAUGCUGAGGGCACUUGGUACUUUGAGAACAAAGAAAUAACUCCUAGUCUAAAAUAUAUUUUGUCCUCACGUCGUGGUCGCCACAGCCUAUCUGUUAAAGAUGUGAAAAAAGAGGACCAAGGCAAAUACACUUUUAAAGUGGGAGAUUUUGAGACAAGUGCUUCCCUAAAGAUGAAGUUGCGUCCAGUUACAUUGAUGCAAGGCCUGUCUGAUUUGACAAUCUGUGAGGGGGAUAUUGCCCAACUGGAGGUACGAUUCUCUCAGGAAAAUGUGGAGGGAACUUGGAUGAAGAAUGGUCAGACCAUCUCUGCCACAGAUAGAAUACAUAUUGUCACUGACAAACUAAACUACAAGCUUCUAAUUGAAGAUACUAAUAAAGAUGACACUGGAACGUAUUCCUUUGUUGUCCCCAACCAAGACAUUUCCACAAGUGGAAAGCUAAUUGUUCAAGCUAUUGACUUUUUAACACAAUUAAAGGACAUUUCUUCAGUAGAGGGUACAAAGUCUGUUUUUGAGGCCAAGAUUACUGCAGCUGAUGUAAGCUCAGUGAAAUGGUAUCAUAACAAAGAACUGGUGAUACCCAAUGACAGAAUACAAAUGGUUGCAAAAGGUUCCAAACAACGUCUAGUGUUAAACAGGACCUAUGCUUCUGAUGAAGGACAAUAUAAGAUGGUUGUAGGUCGUGUUGAAUCAACAUGUAAACUGACAGUUCAAGGAAUCAGCAUUGUAAAGCACAUGGAGGACCGGGUUUGUACUGAGACUCAAAAUGUCACAUUUGAGGUUGAAGUAUCUCAUCCUGGAAUUGAUGCUCUCUGGACAUUUAAGAAUCAACCUCUAAAGGUUGGUCCUAAAUACAAAAUUGAGAGCAAAGGUACCCAUUAUAGCCUCACUGUCCUUAAUGCCAUGAAGGAUGAGGAGGGAGAGUAUGUCUGUGCUGCUGGCGAGAAGACAUCUAGUGCAAAACUUAUUGUUUCAGGUGGUGCCAUAAGCAGACCACUUUGUGAUUUGACAGUAGCAGAGUCCCAGACGGCUGUAUUAGAGUGUGAAGUUGCAAGUGACUCUGCUGAGGGAAAGUGGCUUAAGAAUGGGCAACCUGUUGACUUCAGUGACAAUGUCAGGAGUGAACAGAAUGGGACUGUGAGAAGUCUUGUCAUUGCUAUCACUAGACCACAAGAUGUUGGAGAGUACACAUACCAAGUUGCAAACUCUAAGACAUCUGCCAGUCUGAAGGUUGAAGCUGUUAAGAUAAAAAAGACCAUGAAGAACCAAACUGCGAUUGAGACACAAGAGGCUGUGUUCAGCCUUGAACUCACUCAUUUGGAUGUGAAAGGGUCCCAGUGGAUCAAAAAUGGAGUUGAAAUCCUUCCGAGUGACAAAUAUGAAAUCACAGUAGAUGGUACGGUUCACACGCUGAAAAUUAAAAAUUGUAACACCCAGGAUGAAUCUGUUUACGGCUUCAAACUCGGAAAGCUCUCUGCUAAUUCUAGACUCAAUGUUGAGACUAUCAAAGUUGUGAAGAAGCCUAAGGAUGUAACAUCAUUGAUUGGUGGCACUGCCUCAUUUGAACUGAGCCUAUCACAUGAUGACAUUCCUGUUAAGUGGAUGUUUAAGAACCAAGAACUCAAGCCAAGCUUAAAUAUUAAGAUACUCUCAGAAAGAAAAGCCCACAAGCUGGUUAUUCAGAGUGUGGAAGAGAGUAUGGCAGGAGAAUAUAUUGCUGUCAUUGGACAUUUGCAGAGUAAUGUACACCUACAUGUGGAAUCUUUGAGGGUCACAAAGCCCAUGAAGAAUAUUGAGAUUCCAGAAACUCAAGUGGCCACAUUCGAAUGUGAAGUUUCACAUUUUAAUGUCCCAUCCAUAUGGCUGAAAAAUGAAGUUGAGAUUGAAAUGAGUGAGAAGUUCGGAAGUGUGGUGCAGGGCAAGCUCCACCAACUGAAGAUCAUGAAUGCUACCAUAGAUGAUGCUGCGGAAUACACAUUUGUAUGUGGAAAUGAUGGCGUCUCUGCAGAACUGACCGUUAGCCCCAUUCAGAUCACCUCCACGCUCAAAGACCUCAGUGCUCAAGAAAAGGAUACCAUCACAUUUGAAGUAACUGUUAAUUAUGAGGGCAUCAUCCACAAGUGGCUGAAGAAUGGUGUAGAGAUUAGAUCCACUGACAGAUGCCAGACUCGUUCUAAACAGUUCAUUCACUCUCUCACCAUCCGCAAUGUGCACUUUGGGGACAGUGCAGAGUACACGUUUGUGGCAGGAUCUGCUAAGACAUCAGCAAAGUUGUUUGUUGAAGCUCGUGUCAUUGAGUUUACAAAACACAUCAAAGAUAUCAAGGUCACUGAGAAGAAAAAGGCCAUCUUUGAAUGUGAACUUUCUGAGCCCAAUGUUCAAGUCACAUGGAUGAAAGAUGGGCAGGAACUUGAAUUAUCUGACAGAUAUAAAGCUACAACAGACAAAUGCAUUCAGCGUUUGAUGAUCCAGAGCAUUCGCACGUCUGAUGGUGGCGAAUACACUGUGGUUGCUGGUUCAAGCAUUUCCAAGGCUCACCUUACAGUAGAGGGAAAGGAUGUUCACAUCUCUGAGCCUGCUGAGAAAGAAAUAAGGGUGGUUGAGAAACAAAGAGCUACUUUUGAGUUUGAAGUCAGUGAGGAUGAUAUUGAAGGACGCUGGCUGAGAAAUGGUGUUGAGAUCCAGUUCUCUCAAGAGAAGCGUUGCAAUUACGUGACUAUCAGAAAGGUGCAUCGUUUGACAAUUGCUGAAACGUACCAGAGUGAUGCUGGGGAAUACACUUUUAUCGCUGGAAAGAACAGGAGCACAGUGAAUCUACAUAUCAGCAUUCCUGAGCCUCCUCAGAUCAUCAGGCAUAUGGAGCCUUUGUCUGUUGAGGCUGGCAAACCUGCACGCUUCUCUGUGGAAGUGACUGGCAUCCCUGAGCCCCAGGUCUUCUGGUAUAAGAACUCUCAGGCAUUGACUUCUGGAUUCAAGUGCAAGUUCCAGAGUGAAGGAAAUGAACACACUCUGUUGCUCAUUGAAGUCUUUCCAGAGGAUGCAGCUCAGUACACCUGUGAAGCCAGAAAUGACUUUGGUCAGGCCACCAGCUCAGCUGUACUCAAUGUAGAAGUCUCCGAAGUGGUUUCUCCAGAUGUCGGCAUUCCAGUAUCCCCAACAGUGAUAAGCUCUACUAUACAUGAUGUAUCUGUUGAAGAGGGAGAGUCUACCAGUUUCCAGUGCCAUGUCUCAGGAGAGGAUCACAGUAUGAAAACCAUAACUAGGCAAAGUGUAUCAAGCAAUGAAGUAUCUCUUUCGGAGGAAAUCACUUCUCACAACUUGACUGAGACUCAUUCUUCUUCCACUGUUCAAACAUUUGAAAUGGUAUCCACUGUAGAAAAAUGUACAACCUCUGUGAAAAGCAUCAAGGUCCAACAACACAUGUCUUCAUUGGAAGAAUAUUCCAGCAAACCUGCUUUAACUUUGAAAAUGGAUGAUCUCAUAGUCAGCCUGGGUGACAUGGCUCAAUUCAACUGCUCUUUUACUGGGGAGCCUCUUACUGAAAUUGUAUGGGACCAUAAUGGAAGGACGCUCACAAAUACAGAGAGAGUACAAUGUAUGGAUCAUGGAGGGCUCUUGUCUCUUAUCAUACUGAAUGUGCAACUCGCAGAUGAAGGAAGUUACCGAUGUACUGUCAAAAAUGAAAAUGGAGAGAAUCGAACAUCUGCACGGCUCAUGGUAGAAGCUAAAGAAGCAAACCCCAAAGCAGAAACCCCCAUCCCUUCUGACUCUGUCAGUAAAUCUUCUAAAAGUGAAAAUGAGUCCAGUGCAAAGAUAUCUGACAAAGAAAAACAAGAGUACAUCCAGAGCAUUGGACCAUUAAAUACCUCCUCCCUGGGAACAAGCUGGCAGAUAAGUAAACAGUACUACCCUGAUGUGGUACCCUUGGUGGAUCAUGUUAUAUAUGACUCGAUUCAGCCAGAGUUUCUUACGAAACUACCCCAAGAAAUCAUUGCAAAGCAGCAAGACAAUGUCUCUCUUUAUUGUAUAAUCAAAGGAAUCCCCUCUCCAUAUGUGAUCUGGCUACACAACCAGUUGAUGGUUGAAGAGUCACGGUCGUACUCACUGAAGCACGAUGGACCCUUGUGCUGCUUAAAUGUAAUGAAUAUUGGUCAAAGUGAAGGAGGCACUUACACAUGCAAAAUAAUCAAUGCUGCAGGGGACAAUGAGUGCAGCACCCAACUCAGGGUUAAGACAGUUCCAAGGGUGGAGGAAUCCUCAUAUGUGGAAGAAGUCAAAGUGCCACCAGUUUUCAAGAAAAAAAUCCAUGACCUUGAAAUCAAAGUUGGCAGUGCUGCAAGUUUUGAAUGCCAAAUAGAAGAUGCUCCAAAUGUGACCUUCAAAUGGUUUAAGUCUAAUUCUGAACUCAGACAAAGUGAGAAGUACAGGAUCAUCAACAGCCAUACAACAUCAUGUCUGGAGCUCCUGAACUCAACCAAGGCAGACAGUGGGGAAUAUACCUGCCAUGCUUCCAACAACCACGGCACAGAUAGCUGCUCUGCUAAGCUGAACAUCGCUGAACCUCCUUCCCUACAAAUGCUGGAUAUAGAAAAGGGGCCAACUGCUGUGUUUCAUUGUGAUGUUAUUGGUACUACCCCAUUUGGAGUUAACUGGUUUAAUAACAUAAAACCACUUCCUUUGGACAAAAAACAUGAGCUUGUUUUUCAAGAUUCAGUUACACGUUUGAAGUUACAUUCUAUGGAAAGAUCAGAUGUUGAGGAAUACCAGUAUUGCUUAUUAAAUACAGUCGGAAAGAUGUCUUCACAAUCAGUUGCUGAUAGAGUUGCUGAUAGAGAACCUCCAUGCUUCCUGAAGAAGUUGACUGACACAGUCUUCCCAAUUACAUGUAAACUGAGGCUUGAAUGCACUUUCACUGGAGCUCCAAAGUUGUUUGUAACAUGGUACAAGGAUGGAAAGCAGCUGUAUGCCUCAUACAGAUAUAACACGAGAGUGACAGAAAAUUCAUGUAUGCUGGAGUGCCUGCAUGAGUGUAACGAAGAAACUCCUGGAAAAUACUCUUGUGAAGUCUCAAACUCCUUUGGAACUGACAUCUGUCAUGCCAAUGUGACAACAGAGAAAGAAUUGAAAAUUCCACCAACCUUCACUAAAAAGCCCUCAGAGCAUUUUGAGGAGACUGAGGGCACAUUGGUGAAACUUGAAAGCCGUGUUUCUGGGACACAGCCCCUGUCUAUUAGCUGGUACAAAGAUAACAAGCAAAUUUCCAGUUCUGACAACUGUGAAAUGUCCUUCAUUGGCAAUGUGGCUGUGUUAUGCAUUAAGAAUUCCCAGACAUCAGAUAGUGGCACAUAUACUUGCAGUGCCUCUAAUGAAGCUGGUACUGCAUCCUUUAAUGUGGUGAUGAGCAUUACAGGAAAACAAAUGCCUCCAACCUUUGAUAUGACCCUUAAGCCUAUUACAGUGAACGAGGGUGAGAGACUUAGUCUUAGUUGCCAUGUUUCUGGCUCUCAUCCACUGUCAAUCCAAUGGAUGAAGGACAGAAGAGAGGUGAUUUCCUCUGCUAACUCAAUGAUCACAUUUGAGGAUGGCACUGCCACACUAAGAAUUGUCAAGGCAUCCAGAUCUGAUGCAGGAGACUACCUGUGCAAGGCAACCAACAAUGCUGGUAGUGAUUUCUCUAAGGCAAAGGUCACCAUUAAAGCGGGAUCAGUUCCUGCAGCAGCUCAAACAGCACCUUCAGCACCUCAGCCUGCUCAGAAACUAGACAACUUGUUCUUCAUUGAUGAACCUAAGAGUGUCCGUAUAACAGAGAAGGGCACUGCAACCUUCAUCGCCAAGGUUGGCGGUGAUCCCAUUCCUAGUGUGAAAUGGAUGAAGGGCAAAUGGAGGCAGAUGACCCAUGGUGGUCGCGUUGCCAUUGUGCAGAAGGACCAAGAUGCCAAAUUGGAAAUCAGAGAUGUGACUAAAUCUGAUGCUGGACAGUAUAGAUGUGUAGCUUCAAACAAACAUGGAGAAAUCGAAUCCAGCACUGAUCUGACUGUUAAUGAGAGGAAAGAGAUUGCACCUGAAGCAGUAAAAUUGAAGAAGACACCAUCAAAGCAGAAAAGUCCAAAGGAGGACAAAGACAUUGACAUUGUUGAGCUGCUAAGAAAUGUAGACCCAAAAGAGUAUGAGAAAUACGCUCGCAUGUACGGUAUCACAGACUAUCGUGGCCUUCUUCAGGCCAUUGAGCAACUGAAAAAAGAGACAGGUCAAGAAAGUGGACGACCGGAACAUGAACAUAGCAGAGAAUCUGAUGAGGAUUUGGCUAGGCUUGUUGCUGAUUUGCAGAGAAGAAUGGAACAAACUGAACCCAUUACCCUGCUUAAUGACAUCAAAGAUCAAACUACUAAAGCUAAUACAGAUGCUGUCUUUGAAUGUGAAAUUAAGAUCAACUACCCAGAAAUCACACUGUCUUGGUACAAAGACUCAAAGAAGCUUGAGAACAGCAGUAAAUAUGACAUUAAAGUAGUGGGUGAUCGCCACUUGUUAAAGAUCAAGAACGUCCAGACAAGUGAUCAGGGAAAUUACCGUGUUGUCUGUGGCCCACACAUUUCCAGUGCCACAUUGUCAAUCACAGCUGAUCAAAUACAGUUCACUAAGCGCAUUCAAAAUAUUGUCGUGAAGGAACGCCAGACUGCGACUUUUGAGUGUGAGUUGUCAUUUGACAAUGCAGUUGUCACAUGGUAUAAAGACUCAUGGGAACUUAAAGAGAGUCUAAAAUAUUCCUUCCAACGUGAGGGACGAUGUCAUUUUAUGAUCAUCCAUAAUGUCACAUCUGAGGAUGAAGGCGUAUACUCAGUGAUUGCGAGACUGGAGCCCAUUGGUGAAGCUAAAAGUACAGCUGAGCUGUACCUGUCAGGCAAAGACAUUGAUCUAGGAACAAUUUCUUAUGAUUUGACAGAUACAUCAAUACAAGUGCCCGAGGUGUCAUCUAUGAUUAGUAUUAAAGAUGAGUCAAGAGAAUAUUAUCAUUAUGAAGAAAAGACUGAAGUGACAGAAGAGAAGAAACCAGUUGAAGAAAUUGUACCCAAAAUGGUUGUACAAACAACUGAAGAAAAACCUCAAAACAAACCUGAAGUCAUGUCUGUGGAGGAAACAGUCCCAGUAACAAUUGUCGCUGAGUCAAAACAGCAACCUACACCCAAAGCAACUGAGCCACCUAUGCACAAACUGCCAACUGAACCUAAAGUGGUACCAGUAGCUGUAGCCAAGCCAGAGCCUAAACCCAAACCAAAAGCUACACAGAAGCCAGAAACUAAACCUGAGCCAAAACCCGAACCAAAAGCUACACAGAAGCGAGGGCCUAAACCUGAGCCAAAAGCUCAACUGAAGGCAGAACCUAAACCUGAGCCUAAACCUGAGCCAAAAGCUCCACUGAAGGCAGAACCUAAACCUGAGAUGAAAGCUACACUGAAGCCAGAGCUAAGACCAGAACCUAUCCCUGAAGCAAACGCUACAGCGAAGCCAGAGCUAAAACCUGAAACUAUGAUUUUAUUUACAAAGAAACCUGAGCCCACACUAAUAACAGAACCAGAUGCUCCUAAGAAGCCAGAAGCAUUACCACAAUUAACUACAAAGCACGAGGAGAUUUUACCUCAGAAAUCAGCCAUUACACAAUUGAAAGCUCAUGAGGUGGUGCAGACAACAGAAACGCCAAAGAUAGAACCAGAUAAAAAAUCAGACCUUGUAACAUCAGUUGCUCCAGAACUUCCAAGGGUGCCAAAGCCUAAACAGGAAUUUUCUGCAGCACUAGAAGCUGAGCCAACUAAAAAACAAGAGUCUGCACUUGCAAAACAUGAGACUUCACCUGUUCUGCUUGAAGUGAAAAAGGCAGAACUUACACCCGCCUCUAGAAAGCUGGUUGAAGACUCACUGGCUAUAGAGUCUACACCUGUGUCUCCACUCAUUCAAAAACCAGACUCUAGAACCGAGACAGUAUUUAUAGAAGCUCCUAAAGCAGCACAAGAACUAACCCAAAGUCUCCAAGAGCUGCCUCUGGCAAAACCUGAACCCAUCCUGACACCUGUUCCUAAACAGAAGUCUCCCCCAAAGAGAGUGGUUGAACUUAAAUAUCCAGAAGUUCCAACUGAGGAAGCACCUGUGCCUCAACCUCAAACGGAGAUUGAAAUAGUUCCUACCACAGCUUUAAACAGAGUUGAACAAAAUCAAUAUGGAACAAUUGAAAUAUCUAAGAAAUUAGAGGAAAUAUCUGUAACACAAGAAGUGAUUUCAGGACAGGAAAUCUCAUAUGAAAGUGAUAGUCUGUCAUAUCAAUCUAUGGAGACUUCACUGAAGGGGGUACAAAUUAAACAGGAAAUUAAAGUGCCGAUUGAGAAUGAGCUGGUGAGGAAACCUCAAACUGAAAUGAAAGUUGCUCCUUCCAAAGCAGCUCCAAAAGGAGUUCAACAAAGUCAAGAUAAGAAAACAGUGGCAAAGGAAAUCAUGUAUGAAACUGAGAACAAAUCUUAUGAGGCUGAAUACAGUAUGUUGAAACCAUCUGAAGUUAAAACUCAAGAAACACUUCCUGAAGCUAAACCUCAAAAAAGGGCAGAACUGGUCCCAGCCAGAGACAUUGCACCUUCCAAGAAAGUUUUAGAAGAGUUAUCAAAGACUCGUCUUACAGUGGACAUAUCUAUGAAAACUGAAGAGAUCUCAUUUGUGGAGGCAGUAAUUUCAAAAGAACCAUCAUAUAAAAGUGAUAAUAUUCAGUACUGUCCUGAGGAAACUUGUCUAGAAGUAGCUAAAGUUAAUAUUACAGAAGUGCCAUAUGAGAAAGUGGCUAAAACUCAGAAACAGACUGCUCCUACCAAAGUCUACGCUGCUCCAAAGAGAAUUGAACAAACUUUACACACAGCGGACAUUUCUGCUGAAACUGAGAUCACCGAAGUGGAGCAAGUGGAUUCAAAUGAAGAACUUUCAUACAAAAGUGACGGCAUUCUAUGUCAACCUGAAGAGGCUUAUGACGUUUACGUGGAAAAGAAGGCGUCUGUUGAUGAACAAGUUUUUAUAGCAGAGGAUUCAUUGAGGAAAUUUACUUUGCCAUCUCAAGAAACAGUAACAAAGGACAAGAUCCCAGAAAUUAAGGCUGAACCAAUUAUACAAAAGAUGCAUUCGGAAACAAAUUCUGAGACGUCUGGUGUUGUAAAAGAUGAUAAAAAGCUUCCAGACUUGGUGCUGAAGAGUGAUGUGUCACAAACGACAAAAGUAAUACCCAAAGAAAAGGACAUUAAAUUGAAGAAAGAGCUUAAAAUGUCUGAAAUAGUGCCAGUUGAUGAGAUGAAUCCAGCACCUGAGGCACCAAAAGCAACAGUGACACCACAAAAAGUCUCUGCACCACAAGAGCCAACUGUGAAGGAGAAGGCAACAGUCGAGUCACCAAACCCAAUGGUGGAGUCAUUUAAGAAAAAAGUCUCUCCACCUCAAGUUCCAACUGUGGUGAAGAAGGCAUCUCCUGAGCCAACAAAGUCCACAGUGCUGCCAGUUGAGAAAAAAGACUCUCCAUCUCAAGUUAAAGAGCCAGCUGUGGUGAAAAAGGCAACACCUGAGGCACCAAAGCCCACAGUAGUGCCAGUUGAACAAAACGUUUCUACUGGCCCAGAACUGAUUGUUGCGAAGAAGCCCACAUCUGAGGCACCAAAGCCUCCAGUAACACCACUUGAACCAAAAGUUUCUGCUCCUGAAGAGCCAACUGUGGUAAAGAAGGCAACAACCGAGGCACCAAAGCCAACAGUGGUACCAACUGAGCAGAAAGUCUCACCUCCUUCUCAAGAGCCAAUUGUGGUAAAGAAGGCAACACCUGAGGCAUCAAAACCAACAGUAGAGCCACUUGCACAAAAAGUCUCUCCUCCUCUAGAACCACCUGUGGAGAAUAAGCCAACACAUGAGGCACCAAAGUCAACACAGACACCAGUUGAUAAAACAGAUUCCCCUCCUCAAGAUCAUGGUCCUGUUCAAACUCCUGGUCCAGUCCAGAAAGAUGGAAAACCCAAGGAAGAAGGAGCAGUAGGCAGAGGCAGAGGGCUUAGACCACGCCAAACUCCAUCACCUGGUGAUGCUGGACGUGGAAGAGGGCUCAGACCUGGUGGUGGAGGAGACAAACCACCUGGAGAGUCACCGUUUGCUUUCCAGCUUAAAGCUGUCCCUCUCAAGUUUGUGAAAGAAGUUCAAGACAUUGUGUUGCUAGAGGCUGAAUCCAUUGGUUCCUCUGCUGUGUUUGAGUGCCAGAUUUCUCCUUCUACUGCUAUAACUUCAUGGAUGAAAGAUGGAACUAACAUCAGGGAGAGUCCAAAGUACAAGUUUACUUCUGAUGGAAAAGAUCGAAAAUUGGCCAUUAUUGAUGUUCAGCUCUCUGACAGAGGGGAAUACACAUGUGUUGCCAAGCUGGGAAAUAAAGAGAAGACCUCCACUGCCAGACUUAUUGUUGAAGAGCUGCCUGUUAAGUUUAUCAAGACCCUAGAGGAAGAGGUGUCUGUGCUCAAGGGACAGCCCAUGUACUUGACUUGUGAGUUGAAUAAAGAGCGAAAUGUGGUCUGGAAAAAGGACGGCAAAGAGCUAGAAACAGUUGCUGGCAAGAUCGCCAUUAAUGUUAUUGGACUGCAACAUGCCUUGACAAUCCAGGAUGCAAAUGAUGGUGAUGCUGGUAUUUACACAUGUGAAUGUGAAAAUCUCAAAACUCAAACAACUGUGAAGAUUCUCGAAAUCAUCAGAGACUGGUUGGUGAAACCACUAAGGGACCAGCAUGUGAAGCCAAAGGCCACUGCUACCUUCAAAUGUGAGCUCUUUAAAGACACUCCCAACUGGAAGUGGUACAAGGGAGAUGAAGAGAUUCCAGUUGAACCCACAGAUAAGACUGAAGUCAAAAAGGAUGGAAAAGACAUCACUCUGACUAUUAAGAAUGCUCAACCCAAUGAUGUUGGCGAGUAUUCCAUGGAAGUUGAGGGCAAACGAUAUGUAGCAAAGCUCACCCUUGGAGAGCGUGAAGCUGAGAUCUUGAAACCCCUUGCUAGUGUGGAAGUAGUUGAAAAAGAGGAGGCCAACUUUGAAACUGAAAUCUCUGAGGAUGACUUACCCGGAGAAUGGAAACUUAAAGGGCAGGUUCUAACAAGAUCCCCGACAUGUGAUAUCAAAGCAGAGGGAACUAAGCGCUUCCUCACCUUGAAAAAUGUCCAGCUUGAUCAGUCUGGUGAAGUUACAUACCAAGCGCUGAAUGCUCAGACAAGUGCUAUGCUUACAGUGAAAGAACUGGAACUUGAAUUCACUGACCCACUGAAAGAUGUCUCUGUGCCUGAAAAGAAACAGGCUAAAUUUGAGUGUGCAAUCAAUAAGGACGUACCUAAAGUGAUGUGGUUUAAGGGUUCUGAUAUUAUUACAUCUGGAAAUAAUUAUGAAAUCAUUGAUGAUGGAAAAAAACACAUUUUGAUAAUAAAUAAUUGUGAAUUUGAUGAUGAGGGAGAAUACACCAUAGAGGUGUUAGGGAAAACAUCAACAGCAAAACUAACGGUAGAGGGUAUGAGGCUGAAGUUCGCCACAGAAUUAAAGGAUCAAACCGUAAAGGAAACCAAAACAGCUCGGUUUGAGAUUGAGCUCUCUCAUGACAAUGUGCCGGUGACUUGGUACAAAAAUGAAAUUAGAUUGCAUCCAAGCAGAACAGUAAUAAUCCAUGUUGAAAAGACAAAACAUAUAUUAGAAAUCAAGGAAGUCACACUAGAUGAUACUUGUCAAAUAAGGGCAGAGACUAAAGGGAUAUCAACCAUGGCUAAGCUUCUGGUUAUAGAGGGUGAUGCGCGAUUCAUUACAAAGUUGCAAGACUACACUGCUGUCGAGAAAGAGGAGGUCACUCUUGACUGCGAGCUGAGCAAAGAUGUUCCUGUCAAGUGGUUCCAUAAUGAGAUUGAAAUAAAGGCCUCAAAGAUAGUUUCCAUGAAGGUUGAGAACAAACGAAGAAUUCUCCACAUUAAGAAGGUGGAGCAGAAAGACAAAGGAGUGUAUGUUUGUGACUGUGGAACUGACAAGACAUCAGCCAAUGUUAACAUUGAAGCACGUGAUGUGAAGGUAACCCGACCUAUGUAUGGCGUUGAAGUGUUUGAUGGAGAGACUGCUCGUUUUGAAGUUGAAAUCUCUGAGGAUGACAUCCAUGGCCAGUGGAAACUGAAUGGCGAAGUCCUGUCUCCUUCAGCAGAUGUUGAGAUCAUUGAGGAAGGUCCAAAACACACACUGACACUGUACAAUUGCAAGGUUGUCCAGACAGGAGAGGUUGUUUUCCAGGGAGCAAAUGCCAAGUGUGCUGCAAACCUUAAAGUAAAAGAGCUGCCCAUCACAUUCCUAACACCUUUGAGUGAUGCUCAAGUAUAUGAAAAAGAUGAGGCAAGAUUUGAAUGUGAACUGUCAAGGGUAGCAAAGACCUUCAGAUGGCUGAAAGGCUCUCAAGAGCUGAAGGCAGAUGAGAAAUUUGAAAUUCUGGCAGAGGGAAAAAGGCACAUACUUAUUAUCAAAUCAGUUGCAUUUGAAGACGAGGCUAAAUACAUAUUUGAAGCUGAGGACAAGAGAAUCACUGCCAAACUGGUGAUUCAAGGAAUUCGUCUUGAGUUUGUCAGACCCAUCAAGGAUGUUACUGUAAAGGAGCGCGAGACAGCAGAAUUCAGUAUUGAACUUUCUCAUGAAAAAAUUCAAGUAAGCUGGUACAAAAAUGAUGUCCGUUUGCAUCCAAGUAAAGUGGUGCACAUGUCUGAACAUGGCAAGAUCCACACUCUGUCCUUCAAGGAGGUGUCCAUUGAUGAUACCUCACUCAUUAAAGUAGAGGCUCUUGGAAAGUCCUCGGAGGCCAUGCUUACAGUGCUUGAGGGAGAAGCUUACUUCAUCACCAAGCUACAGGACUACACAGCAGUCGAAAAGGAUGAAGUUGUGCUGAAAUGUGAACUGAGCAAACACUCUGCGGAGGUGAAAUGGUUUAAAGAUGGCACAGAGAUUAUCCCAUCUAAGAAUAUCGUCAUCAAGGCUGAUGGAAAGAAACGCAUUCUAACUGUAAAAAAAGCAGAGAAAUCCAACACCGGUGAAUAUGUCUGUGACUGUGGUUCUGACAAAACUACAGCUAAGCUGAACAUUGAAGAGCGUGAUAUUAAGGUUACCCGUCCACUGUACAGUGUGGAGGUUACAGAAACUAAUACCGCUCGAUUCGAGGUAGAGAUUUCAGAGGAAGAUGUCCAUGGGCACUGGAAACUUAAAGGAGAGGCUUUGCACCAGUCUGCUGACUGUGAGAUUAAAGAAGAAGGCACCAAACACAUGCUGAUUCUUUAUAAUGUACGCAUGGACAUGGCUGGUGCUGUGGACUUCAGUGCUGCCAAUGCUAAAUCUAGUGCUCAGCUCAGAGUUAAAGCUCGGACAAUUAGCCUUUUACGGCCUCUUCGGGAUACGACAAUUACUGCUGGAGAAACCGUAACUUUUGAGUGUGAGCUUUCAUAUGAGGGCAUUGCUGUUGAAUGGUUCGUUGGAACAAGGAAAAUGGAGCCAUGUGAUACAGUUGUAACCAGAUCAGAGGGCAGACUGCACAGCUUGACUCUGAGAAACGUCGAGAUGACAGAUGCUGGCUUUGUGAAGAUAAUGGCAAAGGACUUUCAGGCCCAGGCCACACUAAUAGUAAAUGAGCCACCAGUUGAGUUUACUAGGCCCUUGGAGGACCAGACUGUUGAAGAGGAGGCAACUGCUAUUCUGGAGUGUGAACUCUCCAGAGAUAAAGCUGAUGUUAUAUGGUUCCGAGAUGGACAGGAAAUUCACAAAACAAAGAAGUAUGAAAUUUUGUCUGAAGGCCAUAUUAGGAAGCUGAUAAUCAAAGACUGCACUCCUGAUGACUCCAAAAUAUACACGUGUGAUGCCAAACACUUUAAAACCUCUGCUUUCUUGAGUGUUGAGCCUCCACAUAUUGACUUCACUAAGCCUCUUCAUGAUGUUGAGGUCAGAGAAAAGGAGUCUGCUAAGUUUGAAUGUGAAGUUUCCCGUGAAAGUGCCAAGGUCCGCUGGCACAAAGAUGGUAUUGAAAUUAGAAAGGGCAAGAAGUAUGAGGUUAUUGCCAAGGGAGUGCAGCGUAUUCUUAUUAUUAGCAAGGCAGUCUUUGAUGAUGAAGCUGAAUAUGAAUGUGAUGCAAGAACAUCCAAAACUUCUGGCAUUCUUACUGUUGUUGAGGAAGAGGCUAAAUUCACAAAGAACCUGGCUAAUGUUGAAGGCACUGAAACUGACAGUAUAAAAUUGAUCUGUGAGGUCUCCAAGUCCAGUGCUGAGGUUGCAUGGUUUAAAGGUGACCAGGAAUUGCCUGAGGGUGGUAGAUACGAACAAACUACAGAUGGCAGAAAGAGAAUCCUCAUCAUCCAAGCUCUUCAUAUGGAGGAUGCUGGCGAAUACAGCUGCAGACUGGCCAAUUCACAAACUACAGCAACAUUAAAGAUCAAUGAAUUGGCAGCUGAGUUUAUUUCCAGGCCCCAGAGCCAAGAGGUGGUUGAAGGGGAAAAGGCACAAUUUGUGUGCUCAGUAUCCAAAGAGACCUAUGAAGUUAAAUGGUUCAAAGGUGAAAAGGAGCUCCAAACUGAGGACAAGUAUGAGAUUGUUAGUGAAGGCAAGAAAAGAGCCCUUAUUGUUAAAAACUGUGAGCUGAAUGAUGAAGGAGCCUUUACUGCCUGCAUUGGCUCUGUUAAGGCUUCUGCAGACUUACAUGUGAUUGAAAAACUGAGAAUCAUCACCCCGAUCAAAGACACCCAAAUGAAAGAAGGACAAGAAAUUGUUCUUAACUGUGAAGUUAAUUCAGAAGGAGCUAAGGCCAAGUGGCUGAAGGAGAAUGAGACUAUGUUUGAAAGCAGCAAGUUCAUCAUGGUACAAAGAGACACUAUUUUCUCUCUGAGGAUCAAAGCUGCAGACAAGUCUGAUGAGGCUACAUACACAAUUACACUGAUCAACCAUCGUGGUGAACAAGCCAAGUGCUCUGCAAAAGUCACUGUAAUAGAGGAAGAACUCCGUAUCAUAGACCCUCUUGAGGACUGUGAAACUGAAGAGAAGAAAACAAUCAGUUUUACUUGUAAAGUGAACAGACCAAACGUGACUGUACAGUGGUUAAAGAAUGGACAGGAAAUCACCUUCAGCAAACGCAUUGCUUACCGAGUAGACAAGAACAAGCAUGCUUUGACUAUAAAAGACUGCACCAUGGCUGAUGAGGGUGAAUACACCGCAGUUGCUGGAACUGACAAAUCUUCAGCUGAACUGAUCAUCAGUGAAGCACCAACUGAGUUCACCACCCAACUCAGAGACCAGACUGUUACUGAAUUUGAGGAUGCAGAGUUCAUUUGCAAGGUUUCUAAGGAGAGAGCCACUACUAAAUGGUACAAAAAUGGCCGUGAAAUAAGAGAAGGACCAAGGUAUCACAUGGAAAAGGAUGGAACGACAUGCACAUUGUACGUUAAGGAAUGCAGACCCGACGAUGAAUGUGAAUAUGCCUGUGGAGUAGAUGACAAAAGAUCCAGGGCACAUCUGUUUGUUGAAGAAACACCAGUGGAAAUUGUCAGACCCCCAAAAGAUGUAUUUGAGGCUCCUGGCUCAGACAUUGUAUUUGAGGUUGAGCUUAACAAAGACAGAGUUGAAGUUAAAUGGAUGAGGAACAACAUGGUCAUUGUCCAAGGUGACAAAUACCAGAUGAUCAGCGAGGGCAAAGUUCACCGACUUCAGAUUUGUGAGAUCAGGCCUCGUGAUCAGGGCGAGUACAGAGUUGUCGCCAAGGAUAAAGAUGCAAGAGCCAAGCUUGAGCUUGCAGCUGUACCAAAAAUAAAGACCACAGACCAGAAUCUUGUAACAGAUGCUGGAAAGCCAUUCUUGAUGACAGUUCCCUAUGAUGCUUAUCCUCGUGCAGAGGCUGAAUGGUUCUUCAAUGACAUCAGUCUUCCAAUGCAAAACAUUGACACAUCCACUGACAAAACAGAGAACAGGUUAAAGGACCCUAAGAAGUCAGACCAGGGCCGUUAUAAGAUUGUCAUCAAGAAUAAGCAUGGACAGGGAGAGGCUUUCAUCAAUCUGGAUGUAAUUGAUGUUCCUGGGCCUGUGAAGAAUCUGAGAGUUGUUGACACAGCUGAUGGUGAGGUCAGCUUGGCCUGGGAUGAGCCUGAGAGUGAUGGAGGUAGCAAGAUUCUGGCCUAUGUGGUUGAGAGACGAGAUGUUAAGCGCAAGGCUUGGACUUUGGCCACUGAUCGUGCUGAUAUUCCUGAGUACUGUGUUGGUGGACUGCAGAAAGACAACUUCUAUUUCUUCCGUGUGUGUGCUCGCAACAGAGUUGGCAAUGGAGAGCCCGUCUGUACAGAUGAAGCUGUCCAGGCCAAGAAUAAAUUUGAUGUUCCUGAUGCACCUCAGAAUGUCAUGGUAGGAAUUGUCAACAGGUUUGGUGCCACAGUGACUUGGCAACCACCUCUGUUUGAUGGUGGAGCCGAGAUCAUAUCUUAUAUUAUUGAGCUUCGUGAUAGGACAUCUGUGAAAUGGGAGCCUGCAAUGGUGGUACGGGCUGAGGAUCGCACAGCCAUGCUGAAUGAUGUAGUGGAGAAUAAGGAGUAUAUCUUCCGUGUUAGAGCUGAGAAUAAAGCUGGAAUUGGCAUGCCAAGUGCUGCUACCGAUCCUGUCAAGAUCAUGGAUCCCAUUGAGAGACCAAGCCCACCACUGAAUUUCAACUACACACAUCCAAAAAGAGAUUCUGUUCAACUGGCCUGGGACAUUCCACUUAGCAAUGGAGGUAGUAUGAUCACAGGAUACAUCAUAGAGAAAUGUGAAGAUGGCACAAACAACUGGCUAAGGUGCAAUGCCAGGCUCUGCCCAGACCUUUAUUAUAGGGUAUCUGGUUUAAAGUUUGGUCAGAAGUAUAACUACAGAGUAUCUGCAGAAAAUGCAGCUGGAGUUUCUGAUCCAGCUGAACAGGUUGGGCCAGUCUUGGCAGAUGACCCACAUGUUGGUCCAACUAUGGAUCUAAGCGGAUUCAGAAAUGGUCUAGAAGUUUUUGUCCCCAACUCUCUUACUAUUCGCGUGCCCAUCAUUGGAUACCCCACACCCAAGGCAAAGUGGAUGUUUAAUGAUAAUGAGAUUACUCCUGGUGAUCGAAUCUCUAUGGUCACAAAGCCUACAUACACUGAACUAACCAUUACCCCAAGUGUCCGACCAGACAAGGGAACAUACAAUUUACACUUGGAGAAUGAUGUGACUUCAGUCACUGGAGAGAUUGAAGUAAAUGUCAUUGCAUCUCCAAGUGCACCCAAAGACUUCAAGGUUGCAGAGGUGACCAGGCAUCAUGUCCACCUUUCGUGGGAAGCACCAGAGCAUGAUGGAGGGAGUCCCGUUACUGGUUACAAUAUUGAGAAGAGAGAGGUGUCUCGCAAGACAUGGGUCAAGGUGAUAUCUGGUGUGCAAGACCUUGAGCACACUGUCACAGAUGUGAUUGAAGGCAAGGAGUACUUGUUCAGUGUAAUAGCUUGCAACAAAUGUGGUCCUGGGGAACCAGCAUAUAUUGAUGAGGCAGUGAAUGUUUCCUCUCCUGCCACUGUGUCAGAUCCACCGGAGAAUCUAAAAUGGAGAGACAAAUCUGCAAAGGGCAUCUUCCUAUACUGGGAGCCCCCUUCAUAUGAUGGUGGAGCUCCUAUCAAGGGCUACAUUGUUGAUAAAUGCCAGCGUGGCACUGACAAGUGGGAAGCAUGUGGUGAUCCAAUACCUGAACUAAAGUUUCAGGUGACGGGUCUUAUUGAGGGACAGUGGUAUGCCUAUCGUGUGAGGGCAGUGAACAGACUUGGAGCUAGCAGACCAUGUAAGGCAACAGAUGAGAUCCUUGCUGUUGAUCCUAAAGAGCCUCCAGUUAUUCAGCUGGAUGCCAAACUUCUAGCUGGAUUGACUGCCAAGGCAGGCACAAAGAUUGACCUUCCAGCAGAUGUGCUUGGAAAACCAGACCCAAGGGUCAAAUGGACCAAAGCUGAUCUUAUCCUUAGGCCAGAUGACAGAAUCACCAUUGAUACAAAGCCUGGCCAUUCUACACUCUCUAUUGCUAAGACAACCAGAGCAGACACAGCUACUUACAUCAUCGAGGCAGUCAACACCUGUGGUCGUGCCACUGCAACAGUUGAUGUCAACAUUCUUGAUAAGCCUGGUCCUCCAGCUGCUUUUGAUAUUACUGACAUCACCAAUGAGUCUUGUUGUCUGGCCUGGAAUGCCCCCAGAGAUGAUGGUGGAUCUCCUGUAACCAACUACAUUGUGGAAAUGAGACCUUUGGAAAAAGAUGAGUGGCAGAAGCUCUCUGCCACAGUCAAACAGACCAAUUUCAAGGCCUGCAAACUGGUGUCUAUGAAGGAGUAUGUUUUCAGGGUAUCAGCUGAAAACCAGUAUGGCAUUGGUACUCCCAUAGAGCAUGUUCCAAUUAUUGCCAAGUAUUCAUUUGAGACUCCUGGUUCCCCAAGCAAGGUGCAACCCUCUGAUAUCUCAAAAGAUGCCGUAACCUUGACAUGGUACGAGCCUGAUGAAGAUGGUGGAAGUCCAAUCACUGGCUACUGGGUUGAGAGGUUUGAUCCAGAAAGUGACAAAUGGAUCAAAUGCAACAAGGUGCCAAUCAAAGACACUACACUCAGAGUGAAAGGCCUGGCCACCAAGAAAAAGUACAAAUUCCGUGUUCUGGCAGAAAAUCUUGCAGGACUUGGAAAACCAAGUGCUGAAACAGAUCCCACCUUGAUUAAGGAUCCAAUUGAUCCUCCAUGGGCCCCUGGCAAACCAUAUAUCAAAGAUAUUGCUAAGACCUCUGCAUUCCUGCAGUGGACUAGACCAGAGCAUGAUGGUGGUGCUAAAAUCGAGUCUUAUAUCAUUGAGCUCCUCAAGAGUGGAACUGAAGAAUGGGUUCGUGUGGCAGAGGAUGUGCCCAUGACAGAGCACUUGGUGAAGGGGCUGAUGGAGAAGCAGGAAUACUCUUUCCGAGUCAAAGCUGUCAAUGUUGCUGGAGAGAGUGAACCAAGUGAUCCAAGUGAUCCAGUAGUAUGCAAAGAAAGACUCUAUCCUCCAUCCCCACCACGAUGGCUUGAGGUGGUUAACAUUUCAAAGAUUGACUGUGAACUGAAAUGGACUGAACCAGAAAAUGAUGGUGGCUCUCCUGUUACGAACUAUGUUGUUGAGAAAAGAGAUGUAAGACGCUGGACCUGGCAGACUGUGGACACUACAGUGAAAGACACAAAAUACACUGUCACUCCACUCAAUGAAGGAACUCUAUACGUGUUCCGGGUGGCAGCUGAGAAUGCUGUGGGUGUGAGUGAAUUUUAUGAGCUAGAGGACUCUGUUCUAGCAAAAGAUACUUUUACGACUCCUGGACCUCCUUAUGCUUUGACUGUGGUUGCGGUUUCCAAGAGGGAUGUUGACCUGAAAUGGGAGCCUCCCAAAAGUGACGGUGGACGACCAAUCACAAAAUACGUUAUUGAAAAGAAGGAGAAAUUGGGCAGCCGCUGGAUAAAGUCUGGAAAGACAUCAGGGCCCGAAAUCAAGUACAGGGUGACUGAUGUUGAUGAGGGUACUGAGGUACAGUUCCAGGUUCGUGCUGAAAAUGAAGCUGGAGUUGGCGACCCAAGUGAACCCACAGACAUUAUUACAAUUGAGGAUCCAAUAAGCCCACCAUCUCCACCAAUUGAGGUUAAGAUCGUUGAUGCCAGCAGAGAGCACAUCAACAUCACAUGGUUGGCACCAGAGAAGAAUGGAGGAAGUCCUCUUACUGGAUAUCAUGUUGAGCUGUCUGAGGCUGGCACAGAAAAGUGGAUGAGGAUCAAUGCUCGUCCCAUAAAAGAGCUCAGAUUCAAGGCUGAAGAUGGCAUUAUUCCUGAGAAACAAUAUGUUCUUAGAGUCCGUGCUAUCAAUGCUGUUGGUGUUAGUGAUCCCUCUGAAAUCUCAGACAAAGUCUUUGCUAAAGAUCCAGACAGUGCACCAAAAAUUGAUAUAGAGACCCAAGAUGUUGUUAUUGUUGAGGGUGAGAAGAUGUCUCUAAAGAUCCCAUACAGAGCAAUUCCCAAGCCAUCAAUGGUUUGGAAGAAGGGUGAGACCGAACUAAAGGCAGAUGACAGGCUGACUAUGAGAUGUGAACUCAACAGUAUUCACCUUGAGCUUCUAAAAUGCAAGCAUGAAGAUGCUGGUGUCUACACAGUCUCUCUUGAAAACAGUCUGGGUUCAGUUACUGGAACAAUCAAUGUUAAAGUGAUUGGUCUGCCUGGACAAUGCAAGAGCAUCACUCCAAGUGAGGUCACCAAGAACUCUUGUAAAAUCUCAUGGGAGCCCCCAGAGAGUGAUGGUGGUAGUCCCAUUUUGCACUAUGUACUAGAGCGCAGAGAGUCUCAGAAAAAGACAUUUAUGCCUGUAAUGUCUGGAGUCAAUGUACUUAACUUUGUGGUCAAAGACCUUAUGUUGAAUGGUGAAUAUUACUUCAGAGUUAAGGCUGUUAACAGAAUUGGAAGUGGUGAAUAUCUUGAGCUUCGCAACCCUGUCAUCACAGAGGAACAGAAGCAGCGGCCUGACCCACCAGUCGAGGUUGAGGCACACAACCCUACCUCACAGUCCAUAACAAUCACUUGGAAAGCCCCACCCUAUGAUGGUGGCUGUCCAAUUACUGGCUAUAUUUUGGAGCAAAUCGAGAAAGAUGGUGAUAGAUUUGUGAGAUGCGUUCCAAACCUUGUGCCUGGUUUCUCCUACACCAUCACUGGCUUAACAGAGGGCAAGGAAUAUCAAUUCCGUGUUCGUGCAGAGAAUGUGGCUGGAGAAAGUGAAUCCUCUCGCAGCACUCCCCUCAUUAAGGCUGCAGAUCCUGUUGAUCCACCAAAGGUAUCACUACACGUAGGCAUUGCAUCUGGCCUGACCAUCAGGAAGGGUGAGGAGAUGAGACUGGAUGCCCACAUUUCUGGGUCACCAUACCCCGCUGUGACAUGGUUCAGGAAUGAUGAGAAUGUCCAGAAGAUUGUAAAAAAGAAGCCAGAAUUUGUUAUAAGAAAGAAAAAGAAGACCAAGGCUGUUCAUCCUGAACCAGAGGAGGUGUUCCAUCCUCCCCUUCCAGAUCGUCUGUCAUUCGACCAGAGCAAGAGAGGAGAGACUGCCAUGAUGGUGCGUGAUGCCAUCAGAGAUGAUCAUGGAAUUUUCACCAUCAGAGUAGAGAAUACCCACGGUUUUGCAACUGCAUCUUGUGUUGUCAAUGUUCUUGAUAAGCCUGGACCACCUGUGAACUUUGGAUUUGAUGAGAUCAGAAAAGAUUCUGUCAUUUGCACAUGGGAUGCACCACUUGAUGAUGGUGGCAGUGAAAUUAUCAACUAUAUCCUGGAGAAAAAAGACAAUACCACAGAUGAAAUUGGUUGGGUUACUGUUACCUCAACCCAUAAAGGAUACAACUAUCCUGUUACCAAACUCAUUGAAGGAAAAGAGUAUAUUUUCAGAGUGACAGCCGAAAACAAAUUUGGCUGUGGACCACCAUGCUAUUCAGAGCCGCUUGUUGCAAAGAAUCAGUUUGAUCCUCCUGAUGCACCAAAUAUGCCAAGAAUUGGAGAAGUCACUGCCAGCAGUGUUGCUUUGUCUUGGCAUGAACCUAAGGACAAUGGUAGUCCCAUCUUGGGAUACUGGAUUGAGAGACGUGAGGUCAACAGCAAGUACUGGACCAGAGUGAACCGCAAUCUUCUCAACUCCCUUGCAGUCAAGGUUGAGGGACUUUUAGAAAGCCUGGUGUAUGUCUUCAGAGUUUGUGCUGAGAAUCUUGCUGGCCCUGGAGAAUUCAGUGUCCCAACUGAUCCUGUGGUUGCAAUGGAUCCAAUUUUGCCUCCGGGUCCCCCUGUGCCAAGAAUUGUGGAUACUACAAAUACAACAGUUGACAUUGCCUGGAUUCCUCCAUUAUACAAUGGUGGUGGAGAUAUUCUUGGAUAUCAUGUUGAGCGUUGCCUUGUUGGGGAGAAAGAAUGGAUUCGCAGCACCGAGUUCAGGUGCAAGGAAUGCAAGUACACCUUGACUGGCCUGACUGAGGGGGCAGAUUAUUACAUUCGUGUAUAUGCUGUAAAUGACGCUGGUCAUGGAGUCCCAGGAAUGACUGAACCAGUUCAAGUAAAAGAGCCUGAACAGGCCCCAGGAAUUGAGUUUGAUGUCUCUGUAAGGAAUGGAGUAAUUAUAAAAGCUGGAGAGACUCUGCGUAUACCAGCAUAUGUUGUUGGCAGACCAACACCAGAGGUGAAAUGGACAAAAGAUGAUGUUGAACCUGACAAAGAACGUGUUAUCAUUGAAAACGUUGGAAAUUGCAGCACUGUGUGUAUCAAGAAUGCUCUGAGAACUGACCAUGGCAAAUAUGAAAUAACAGGAACAAACUCCAGUGGAACAAAAUCUGCUUUUAUCAAGGUUGAUGUUAUGGAUGUUCCCGGACCAGUGGUUGAUCUAAAAACAGUGCAUGUGAGCAAGAAGAUGAUUUCCCUUACUUGGUCUGAUCCUAUUGAUAAUGGUGGAAGUGAUAUCAUGGGAUAUGUUGUUGAGAGAAAAGAUGCCAAGAUGCACAUAUAUAGGCAACCACUGGAAACUGCUUCAUGCAAAUGUGACAUUGUUGGCCUUCUUGAUGGUGAAGAAUAUAUGUUCAGAGUGGUUGCCAGAAACAAGUUUGGCCUUGGUGUCCCUGUUGAACUUGGACCUGUCCUAGCUGUGGAUCCUAAAGGUGUACCAUCGGCCCCAGAGAAGCUUCACUACACUGAAAGGACCAAGAACACUGUUACACUUGCUUGGCAGCCUCCUCGCAGUGAUGGUGGUUCUCCCAUCAGAGGCUAUUAUGUUGAAAAGAUGAGACAAGACAGUGAUGAAUUUGAUGUUGCCAAUCGUAAUAUCUGCAAAGAUCUUACAAUUACACUAGAAAAUCUAAAUGAGAACAUGUUAUAUGACUUCAGAGUAAAGGCUGUCAAUGAGGUUGGCGAUGGUGAACCAUCAAAAUCAAUAAAUGUCCAUAUUCAAGACGAUGAGUUUGCCCCAACUGUGAAUUUGUUGAAGUACAUCAAAAGCAAUACCAUAAUUGUCAAGAAAGGAGCAGCCAUUGAAAUCCCUGCUGAAAUUGCUGGUCUGCCAUUGCCCACAUUUGAGUGGACAAAGAAUGGAGUUGUUCUUGAAAAUUCAACUGAGACCAUGACACUUGAAUCUGAGGAGAUUGACAGACAAACUAUCAAAACCAAGCUUGCCAUUUCUGAAACUAUAAGACAGGACACAGGCCUGUACAAGCUAGCUGCCAGAAAUAUUCUUGGGACAGGUCAACAAAUUAUCAGAGUUGAUAUUUUAGAUCGUCCAUUACCACCACGGAAUAUUGUGGUCUCUGAUAUUAAGGCUGAGUCUUGCUACCUCACCUGGGAUGCUCCAGAGGACAAUGGAGGAAGUGACCUCACCAAUUAUAUUAUUGAAAAGAGGGAUGCCAGCAAGAAGAAAUCAGACUGGGAGCAGCUGACAUGUUGUAUUAUGGACCGACGCUAUGGGGUCUACAAACUUGAUACCUAUGGAACGUACCAGUUCCAGAUUAAAGCAGAGAACAAGUUUGGAGUCAGUGAUGGGUGUGAAUCAGAGAAAGUUGUCCUUAAGGAUCCAUAUGGUCUUCCUGGUCCACCCCAGAGACCAAGAAUCACAGGGCAUUCCAAGACAUCUAUGCUGGUAGCAUGGGAUCCUCCAAAGGACAAUGGUGGAUCAACCAUUCAGGGGUACUGGCUUGAAAAGAGAGAGAGAGGAGCAGUGUACUGGAGCCGAGUCAAUAGGGCUCCUGUAACAAAACCAGCUGUUAAAAGCUUAGAGUACAAUGUGCUGCAUCUCAUCGAAGGCGCUGAGUACCAGUUCCGUGUAAUGGCACAAAAUGCUGCUGGCAUUGGUCCCCCAAGUGAAGCUACAGAAUGUGUGUUUGCCUUGGACCCAAGACAUCGACCGAGCCAACCACCUGCACCUCAAGUGAAAGACAAGACACUAAGCAGUGUAUCUCUAGGCUGGUCUCCACCAGAUAAGGAUGGUGGAAGCCCCAUUACAGGCUAUAUUGUUGAAAUUCAGGACGAAGGCUCACAAGAGUGGCGAAGAGUGAAUGAACCUGAUAAGCUCAUUCCUACGCCAUAUUACACUGUGUCAGGGCUCAAAGAGAACAAGAAAUGUCGAUUCAGGAUAGUUGCUGUUAAUGCUGCUGGUGAGUCAGAGCCAAGUCCCAGGACUGCUGACAUCGUGGUACAAGAUAUCCUGGAGGAACCCGUUAUUAAAUUGGAGGUCUCCACUCAGGAACUGCUUUCUUGUCAUGCUGGAACAACAAUUAAAAUCCCUGCCACCAUAUCAGGCAGACCUGUUCCUGUGGUCAAAUGGGAAUACGAUGGAACUGCCCCAACAGAGACAAAGAAUGAGCAGCACACACUUCCAGUUGCUUCAAAGGUCUCAUUGACUGACACAACAACAGAAGUAACUAUCCCUGAGUGUAAGCUCAACCAUUCUGGACAGUACAUCAUUACUGCAUCUAACAAGGCUGGAACCAAAGUAGUUAAAGUCCGUGUAACAGUACUUGAUUUGCCUGGGCCUCCAAAAGAUCUCAAAAUAACAGAUAUCACAAGAAGUACAUGCAGACUUACAUGGAAGCCUCCAGAUAAUGAUGGUGGUGAGAGAAUCAAGAGCUACUACAUUGAGAAGAAAACAGUUGAAGGAAAAGCCUGGACCAAGGUCAACCCUGCCUGUGCUAGCCAGUCCUUGGUAGUCCCAGACCUUUUUGAAGGUCAAGACUACUUGUUCCGUAUUAGAGCUGAGAAUCGGUUUGGUAUUGGACCGGCUUUGGAAACCUUCCAAAGGACAAGAGCAAAGGAUCCCAUUCGUCCUCCUGAUGCACCCACAAGAGUUAAAAUUGUUGACGUGUCCAAGGGGGCGGUGACUUUAACUUGGAAACCACCAAAAAAUGAUGGUGGAUCCCCUGUAACUCACUACAUUGUAGAACGACUUUGGUGGGAUUCUAGUGGAGAGCAGAGAGAGUCCUGGAGACAGUGCAAUAGACGUGACAUUGAUACCACAACCUUCAAAGUGGAGGACCUCCAUGAGGGUGGAGAGUAUGAAUUCCGAGUCAAGGCUGUAAAUGAGGCCGGUGCAAGUAGACCGUCUUCUACUGCAGGACCAAUCACUGUUAAGGACCAGACAAGGGCACCUUCAGUUGAGCUCGAAGAGUUCAUGGAAGUUGAGCAGGGUACAGAUAUUUACAUUAUCGCUAAGAUCAAGGGAUGCCCAUUCCCAACUCUGACCUGGCAGAAAGCCCCACCCCAUAAAAGUGAUGCCAAGGUUGAUGUUGAAUAUGAUGAACAUAUCAAUAAGCUUGUAACUGAUGAUAGCUGCACUCUGCUGAUCCAGCAGGGCAAGCGCUCAGACACUGGUCUCUAUAUACUCACUGCCAGCAACAGCCUAGGCAAAGUCUCCAAAGAAAUGAGACUUAAUGUUCUAGGACUUCCGGGACCUCCUUCUGCACCAAUCAAGUUUGAGGAGAUUCAUGCUGAAAAUAUUACUCUGUCAUGGCUACCUCCUAUAGAUGAUGGUGGAUCUAAAAUCACAAACUACACCAUAGAGAGACGUGUCUCCAAUAGAAAAACAUGGAUUCCUGUGCCAGGUGCACCCAAAGAGCGCAUGUUUACAAUUGAGAGUUUAAUGCCUGGCCAUGAGUAUGUGUUCCGCAUUAGGGCACAAAAUAAAUAUGGAGUUGGUGAACCUCUUGACAGUGAACCAGAGAUUGCUAGAGACAUUUUCACUAUUCCUGGCCAGUGUGAAAAACCAACUCUAUCAAGCAUUACAAUAGAUUCCAUGACUGUGAACUGGGAAGAGCCAGAAACCGAUGGUGGUAGUCCAAUUACUGGAUACUGGCUUGAACGCAAAGAGACUACAUCAAAACGCUGGAACAGAGUCACUCGUGAUCCAAUCAGGCCUAUGCCUUUUGGGAUUUCUUACAGAGUCACAGGACUCAUUGAAGGCUCUCAGUAUCUCUUCCGUGUGACUGCAAUCAAUGCAGCUGGAUGUGGACCUCCAAGUUUGCCGUGUGACCCGACAUUUGCCAGAGAUCCAAUUGCUCCUCCUUCACCACCAACACCCAAAGUUACUGACUGGACAAAGACAACAGCUGACUUGGAAUGGAUUCCACCUCUAAAAGAUGGAGGCUCAAAGAUCAUGGGUUACUAUGUUGAAUACAAAGAGGAAGGCACAGAGGCAUGGGUUAAGGCCAAAGAAAAAGAAGUCAGAGGAACCAAAUUUGUAAUAACUGGGCUUAAAGAGAAUGGAUUUUACAAGUUUAGAGUUUUGGCCUUCAAUGCUGCUGGGCUAAGUGAACCAGGAGAAGUUGCUGAAGUUCUUGAAAUGAAGGACAGAAUAAAUGCACCAGGACUUGAAAUGGAUGUCUCGAUGAAAGAGAGGAUUGUUAUUCAUGCAGGUGGCGUGAUCCGCAUCAUAGCAUAUGUGUCAGGCCUGCCUGCACCUGAAAUAAUAUGGAACAGAGAUGGUGGAGUUGUCCCACCAGAGGCUGUUGUUGAGACUACAUCAAUCAGCACGUCAUUAGUAAUUAAGAAUUGCACAAGAAAGCAACAUGGUGUUUAUAGUUUAACAGCAAAGAAUGCUGGAGGAGAAGUGAAGAAGACAGUCAUUGUUGAGGUUCUUGAUGUUCCUGGUCCAGUUGGUAUACCGUUUAUUGCAGACAAUCUUAGUACUGACUCAUGCAAAUUGACAUGGUUCUUCCCAGAGGAUGAUGGUGGUUCUCCUAUAUCUAAUUUUAUAAUUGAGAAACGUGAAGCUGAACGCAAAGCUUGGACAGCAUGCUCAUAUAAUGCUGCUAGGCAAAAUGCUGUAGUUAAUAAUCUUAUUUUAGGAAAAGGAUACUUCUUCAGAGUUGCAGCUGAAAAUGCAGUUGGAGUUGGUCCAUUCCGUGAAACUGCAUGUGAAAUUAUCAUCAGGGAACGUCUAAGUGCACCAGACCGUCCGGAGGAAGUUGAGGUCACUGCUGUCACUAAAGACUAUAUUAAUUUAACAUGGAAGCCACCAAAGAAUGAUGGUGGAUGUGAGGUGACUUCAUACAUUCUAGAAGCACGCAUGAUUAGCAAGGACAAGUUUAUGAGAUUGACCAAAGAGAAAUUGUUGGACAGAAGAUUCACCUAUGAUGGUCUUCGAGAGGGUGAUACAUUUGAAUUCCGUGUGAGUGCAGUCAACGAGAUUGGUCAGGGCAAGCCGUCCUUCUGCACUAAACCAAUCACAUGCAAAGAUGAGCUUGAACCCCCAACAAUUGAAGUAGACUUCCGCGACAAAGUUAUUGUUCGUGUUGGAGAUAGUUUUGCUCUUCAAGGACGCUACACAGGCAAGCCGACCCCUUCUGUUACAUGGACAAGAGAUGAUGAGGAUUUGAAGGCAGAUCAACAUGUUCAGUUAAAGAAAACGACAAACACCAUGUGCCUUGGGAUAAUCAAGGCUCAGCGUAUGCACAGCGGCAGAUAUUGUGUUACAGUUGAAAAUUGUACUGGAGCCCGCAAAGGCAUUUGCAAUGUCACUGUUGUCGACCGCCCACUGCCACCUGAAGGUCCAGUCAUAUUUGAGGAAGUUCACAGAGAUCAUAUGGUAAUUUCUUGGAAGCCUCCUCUUGAUGAUGGUGGAUGUGAAAUUUCCAACUAUAUAAUAGAGAAGAGAGAUAUUAACAGAGACAUGUGGACCACUGUAACAUCUGCCAACACAAAAACCACCUGCAAAGUGCCCAAGCUUGUGGAAGGGCGUGUUUAUAUCAUGAGAAUCAAUGCUGAGAAUAUGUACGGCAUCAGUGACCCACUGGAGUCUGAAGAAAUGAAGGCCAAAGAUCAAUUCAGAGUACCUGAGGCACCUGAUGAGCCUACAGUUAAAGAAGUGUACCAUGACACAGCUCUGGUGCUUUGGAACCGCCCUCGUGAUGGUGGCAAGCCCAUUACUAACUACUUCUUAGAAAAGAAAGAACCUUCUGCUAAGAGAUGGUCCAGAGCAACUAGAGAUCCCAUCUACCCUGCUACCCAGUAUAGGGUACAAGAGCUCACUGAAGGAUGUGAAUAUGAAUUCCGUGUCAUAGCAGAGAAUGAAAUUGGUACUGGAGAUCCUAGCCCUCCAUCUAAGCCUAUACUAGCAAAGGAUCCAAUUGUUCUGCCUAGCCCACCUGUUCUACCUGAGGUCACUGACAAAACAAAAGAUUCUGUGAGUGUGUCAUGGCGUGUUCCUCGCCAUGAUGGUAAAGGCAAAAUCUUUGGAUACCUUGUUGAGUAUCAGAAGCCUGGUGCAAUUGAAUGGAUGCAGGCCAAUGAGACACCAGAGUCAUGCCCUGAUACCAAUUUUGUUGUGAAAAACCUACCAGAUGGUGAAGAAUUCCGUUUCAGGAUUAUGGCUGUGAAUGCAGCUGGAAAAUCUGAGCCUGCUUAUGUAAAGGAACCAGUUAAAGUGCAUGACAGACUUGAAGAGCCAGAGUUGCUGCUGGAUGCAAAUAUGUCACGGGACCAUCUUGCUAUGCUUGGAACGGAUAUCACACUAAGUGCUAAGAUUAAGGGCAUGCCAAUUCCCACUGUGUCUUGGAAGAAAAAUGGUGGCGACGUUCCUGCUCAUUGUGUUAUUGAAGUCACAGCAAGUGGAAGUAAACUACAUAUAAAGAAAUGUACACGUGCUGACUGUGGAAACUAUACUAUAACCAUUCAAAAUGCAGCAGGCUCAAAGACAGCAACAUGCACAGUGCUUGUUCUUGAUAAACCAGGACCACCAAGAAAGCUCAUGGUGUCGGAUGUUACAAGUGAGUCAGCUUAUCUAACCUGGCAAAAGCCAGAAGAUGAUGGCGGUGCUGUGAUCUCUCACUAUAUUGUGGAGAAAAAAGAUGUUGCAGCUGAGAAGUGGGUACCAGUCUGUGCCUCAUCCAAGAAGCUUAGCCUCAUGGCUUUAUACCUUAUGGAGGGUGUUCAGUAUUUAUUUCGUGUAGCAGCUGAAAACCAGUUUGGAAGAAGUGCAUAUACUCAAACCACCAAGCCUAUCAAGGCAGUUGAUCCUCUUUAUCCUCCUGGCCCUCCCAAGAAUUUGCACCAUGUAGAUGCAGAAAAAACUGAAGUAUGGCUUAAAUGGGAUUGGCCUGAUCGCACUGGUGGAAGUGAAAUCACUGGAUUUAUUGUUGAGCAUCAAGAAGAAGGGGCUACUAAUUGGGUAACCUUUAAAACGGCCAGCAACCCGAACUGCCAUGUUACUGGACUUGAAGAAGGGAAAACCUACAGAUUCCGUGUAAAAUCCCAAAAUGCAAUUGGAAUUAGCCGACCAGAUACCACUGUACCAAUUACUUGCCAGGAGAAGACUUUGGCACCAUCUAUUAACGUUGAUGUGAAACUCAUUGAGGGUCUCACAGUAAAGGCUGGAAGCACAAUUAUACUCCCUGCAAUCAUGAAAGGAAUACCACUUCCAACACCCAAAUGGCUAAGUGAUGGCACUGAGCUGAAAUCAGAGGGCAAAUACAAGAUUGAUACUGAAGGAGCUUCAACAGUUCUAAGCAUUGCUGAUUGUGCAAGGACGGACAGUGGAGAAUAUUUACUUACUGUUUCAAAUCCUGCAGGAAGCAAGUCAGUUGCUCUUCAUGUAACAGUGCUUGAUCUUCCCGGUCCUCCAAUUGGACCUGUCAACAUCCUUGCGGUUACUCCUGAUCACAUGGUUAUCCAGUGGCGUCCACCAAAGGAUGAUGGUGGCACACCACUGAUGAACUAUAUUGUUGAAAAGAAGGAUGUCAAGAAGUCUUGGGAACCAUGGUCUGUUGUGAGUUCUGGAAGUAUCAGCACCAAUGCAAAGGUUCCACGUUUAGAGAAGGGUCGUGAAUAUAUUGUGCGUAUUCGUGCUGAGAACAAGAUUGGCAUUGGUGCUCCUCUUGAAAGCCCUCCGACUAUUGCCAAACAUAUGUUCGAUCCACCAGGCCCUCCUGGGCCACCAACAUGUUCAGAUAUUACAGAAAAUGCUGUGACAUUGUCGUGGACUAAACCAGAAACUGAUGGUGGAAGCCCAGUUAGUGGCUACAUUGUGGAACGCAGGGAGAUGACUGGUAAAUGGAUUCGUGUCAAUAAAACACCAGUCUUGGAUCUCCGCUACAGGGUCUCUGGUCUUUUUGAGAACAACAUAUAUGAAUUCAGAAUUUUUGCUGAAAAUGUUGCUGGUGUAAGUGAGCCUUCCUAUCCUUCAGACCAGAUAAAAGCUACACGCCCAAUUGCUCCUCCUGGACCUCCAAGUAACAUAAAACUGAAGGACUGGAGCAAGACUUAUGCAGAUUUGGUUUGGACCAAGCCUAACAGAGAUGGUGGCAGCCCUGUUUUAGGAUAUGUUGUUGAAAUCCAGAAAUCUGGCUCUGCACAGUGGGACAGGAUCAAUAAGGACCUUAUCAAGCAAUGUGCAUUCAGAGUCCCAGGACUUAUUGAAGGCACAGUGUACAGAUUCCGUAUUAGAGCAUCUAACAAAGUUGGAGAUGGGGAGCCACGAGAGUUAACAGAGACAGUACUUGCCAAAGACAUCCUUGUUCCCCCAGAGAUUACUGUUGAUGUUGCAUGCCGUGACCUUGUAACUGUUCGGGCAGGACAGAUCAUCAGCCUGGUCACCCGAGUUAAAGGCAGACCUGACCCUGAAAUCACAUGGACUAAGGAUGCAAGAGCCUUAGGCAGAGAUAAACGAACAGAAAUGAAUAACAACUUCCCAAUUGUUGAACUCGUCAUUCAGGAUGCUGUAAGAGGAGACUAUGGAAAAUAUGCAAUUCAAGCUAAAAACAGCAGUGGUCAAGCAAAUGCUACAAUCAUUGUUAAUGUGCUUGACAUUCCUGGAGCAUGCCAGAACUUGAAGGUUGCAUAUGUGACCAAGGAUUACUGCAUGGUGUCUUGGGAAAAUCCUGAGGACAACGGUGGCACAGAAAUUACUAAUUACAUAAUAGAAUGCCGGCAACCUAGUCAAAGGGGAUGGACAGUUGUUUCAUCUGAUUGCACCAAACGUAUUAUAAAGGCUCCACUUGUGGAGAACUGUGAAUAUUUCUUCCGUGUUAGUGCAGAGAACAAAAUUGGUGCAGGACCACCAACAGAAACAAAAUCAGCAGUCCUUGCUGUUGACCCAGUUGAGAAACCUGGUGAGCCAGAGAAUUUCCAUAUUACUGAAAUUGGAAAAACCUUUGUCUUCCUUAAAUGGAAGAAGCCAGAGUAUGAUGGUGGUAGCCGCAAUCUUGCUUAUCAUAUAGAAAAGAAACCAAAAGAAGCAGAAGAAUGGGAAAGACUCCACAAAGGUGCUAUUAAAGAGACAUAUUUCAUGGCUGACAGAUGCAUAGAAAACCAAUUAUAUCAAUUUAGAGUUCAAACAAAAAAUGAAGGAGGAGAGAGCAACUGGGUGACUACAGCCGACAUUCUUGUAAAAGAGGAACUCGUAGUUCCUGUGCUACAUGUCAAGUUGGAAGGUGUUCUGGUAGUUAAAGCUGGAGAAUCGAUUCCAAUUGAGGCAGAGGUUAAAGGCAAACCACAACCAGAUGUCAAAUGGGCUAAAGAAGGGGACACCAAAGAUAUCAACAGAAGUCCCCGACUGCAGGUUGAGACUGGUGUCAACUUUUCUAAGUUCCUGCUAACAAAUGCAAAACGAGUAGAUGCUGGAAAAUAUACUGUCACUGCAACAAAUGCUGCAGGAACCUGUACAGCUGAGGCUAAAGUUAAUGUUCUUGACAGACCUGGACCUGUUAGAAGUCUCAAGGUGUCAGGAAUCUCGGUGGAUAGAUGUAAGUUGGAAUGGGAUGUACCUGAGGAUGAUGGUGGAUGUGAAAUUUAUAACUACAUCAUUGAGAAAUGUGAGACAAAGAGAGGUGUCUGGUCAAUUCAUUCUUCAGCUAUUAUAAAAAACUUUGCCAGUGUAACUCGUCUAAUUGAAGGAAAUGAGUACAUCUUUAGAGUAAGGGCAGAAAACAAGAUGGGGACUGGACCUGCUGUGCAAACAGAGUCUUUUAUUGCAAGGAACCAGUUCAGUAGACCUGGUGCACCAGAUGCACCUGAGGUGACCAAAGUUUCAAAAGAUGAAAUGACAGUUGUAUGGUGCUCCCCUGAUAAUGAUGGUGGAAAACCUAUCACUGGUUAUAUUCUAGAAAAGAAAGAAGAACAUGGCAUUAGAUGGGCACCAGUUAAUAAAUCUCCUAUUGCCAGUACGUGUUUGACCGUAACAGGUCUGUUGCCUAAUCAUGAAUACCAAUUCCGUGUAAAGGCUGAGAAUGAGGUUGGAGUUAGUGAUGCAAGCAAGCCAUCUCGAACAUUCACGGCAAAGGAUCCUGUUGGGCCUCCUGGUCCUGUUGGAAACUUAAAGGUGACUGAUAGUUCAAAAACAUCAAUCACACUUGGUUGGACAAAACCUACACAUGAUGGUGGAGCUCCACUCAUUGGAUAUGUAGUUGAGCUCAGAGUCAAGGGUACAGGCAAGAAGGGAGAAGAUGGAUGGAAGAGGUGCAACAUUGCUGCCCAGCUGAUUGGAACAGAGUUCACAGUCACAAGUCUGGAUGAGAAUCUUGAGUAUGAAUUCCGUGUUUCUGCACAAAACCAGAUAGGUCUGAGCAAGCCAACUAAUCUUGAGGGAGCUGUUUCUCCACGAGACAUUUUUGAUGCCCCUGAAGUUGUUUUGGAUGCUGAGCUGAAGAAGGGUCUUACUGUUAGAGCUGGCUGCCCAAUAAGAAUAGUUGCAACUGUCAGGGGACGUCCACCUCCCAAAGUGUUAUGGAGAAGAAUGGGAAUUGAUAAUGUUGUUAAGAAGGGUCAUGUGGAUCUCAUUGACACAAUGACAUUUCUUGUUAUCCCUGACUCCACCCGUGAUGAUUCAGGCAAAUACUCACUCACCGUAACAAGUCCAGCAGGAGAAAAAGCUGUAUUUAUCAAUGUUAAAGUACUUGAUACACCUGGACCAGUUGUUGCUCUAGAAGCCACGGAUAUUACAACGGUAUCUUGCAACCUAUCAUGGUCCCCACCUGAAAAUGAUGGUGGUAGUGAAGUCACUCAUUAUAUUGUUGAGAAGCGUGAAAUAGACCGCAAGACUUGGGCAACAGUUAAAACUGACUUAGAUAAAACAACAUUUAAUGUCAGCAAUCUUGUACCAGGAACAGAAUAUUACUUCAGAGUUACUGCAGUGAAUUUAUAUGGUCCAGGUGUUCCAAAGGCCACACAGAGAUCUUAUCUGGCUUCUGAUCCUAUCAGUAAACCUGAUCCACCACAGAAGGUAGACGUUUUGGAGAUCACUAAGAACAGUGCCAAGGUGGGCUGGGUGAAACCAAUGAGGGAUGGAGGAGCCAAGAUUGAUGGCUACAUAGUUGACUACCUUGUGCUUCCUGAGCCCAAAAUAAUCAAGGAACCAUUGGGGGGUGAAAGUGAGGUAGAGCCUGGUGCCGAGCCUGUGUCUCCAUCACCACCAGUGGUGAAGAAGGAAGAAAUACAGGAGGAAAAGUUAAACUGGACAUCAUAUACCAUUGUGAAAGAUUUAUGUAUCUCUGUUGUUGGACUGAAAGAAGGAAGGAAAUAUCGCUUCAGAGUGGCUGCACGAAAUGCCAUGGGAGCUAGUCUUCCCACUGAAACCAAAGAAGCAUAUGAGAUUAAAGAACAAAUGUUGGAACCCAAGGUUAUCAUGCCAGAGCUUGUAUCUGCAAAAGCAGGAGCAAAAGUUAGAAUUGAGGCUCUUGUAUCUGGCAAGCCAGCACCUGUGUGUCAGUGGAAACGAGCAGAUGCCAAUGUGGUCCCCUCAAGCCGCCUUGCAGUACACAAAUCCCAGAACUUGUGUGUGCUCAUCAUCAAAGAUGUCUCAAGAACAGAUAGUGGUCAGUAUAGCCUUGUCGCAGAGAACAGCUCAGGAAAGGUGGAACAAGUUCUUAAGAUUGUCAUUAAAGAUAUUCCAGGACCACCUGAACCGCCAUUUGCAAUAAGUGACAUUGACUCUGAUGCUUGCACACUGUCUUGGAACCCACCACUUGAGGAUGGUGGUAGCAAUAUCACAAACUAUGUGGUUGAGAAAUGUGAUGUGAGCAGAGGUGACUGGGUUUCUGCUGUUUCCAGCUGUGGCAAGGCUGGCUGCAGACUUGGUAAACUUAUUCCUGGAAAGGAGUAUAUGUUUCGUGUUCGUGCAGAGAACCGAUUUGGAAUUUCUGACCCCAUUACUUCUGAGAGGAUGAUAGCUAAAUUUCCAUUUGAUGUUCCUGGUGAACCCUUGAAUUGUCGAAUUACAAAAAUAAACAAGGACUGCAUGUUUGUGGCUUGGGAUAAGCCAGAGUCAGAUGGUGGCAGCCCCAUUACUGGAUAUUACAUUGAGCGAAAAGAAAGGAACAGUCUCUUAUGGGUUAAGGCUAAUGAUUCAGUUGUGCGAACAACUGAAUAUCCUUGUGCUGGUAUAAUUGAAGGUCUAGAAUACAAUUUCAGAGUAUCUGCUAUUAACCGUGCAGGACAGGGAAAACCAAGUGCAAAGACUGAUUUCGUCACAGCAAGAACACCAGUGGAUGCUCCAGGUAAACCAGAGGUACUUGAUGUGACCAAAAAUACUGUUUCACUGGUUUGGUCCAAGCCAAAGCAUGAUGGUGGAAGCAAGAUCAUAGGAUACUAUGUUGAAGCCUUGAAGAUUCCUGGAGACAAAUGGCUGCGCUGCAACACAAGCAGUCAGAAUGUACCUCGGGAAGAGUAUACUGUAUCUGGAUUGGAAGAGGGUGCCCAGUAUCAGUUUAGGGUUAUUGCAAAAACAGCCAUUAAUGUUAGCAGGCCAUCUGAAGUCAGUGACCCUAUUCUGGUGUCUGCAGAGAAUGUUCCUCCCAGAAUAGAACUAUCAAUACAGAUGAAGAAGAUGGUGCCAAAGAGAGCUGGAUCAGAUAUCUGUCUUGAAGCUGAGGUUUUUGGUAAACCUAUGCCAAAGGUUACAUGGAGCAAGGAUGGAAAAGUGUUGAGCAUGGAUAAAGACAUGAAAAUGUCACAAAAGAGACACCUAUUUUGUCUAAAUCUUACUGCAGUUACAAAACUCCAUACCGGUCAGUACAGCAUUCUUGCUGAGAAUGCAAGUGGGUCGAAGACAGCAGACAUACAGCUCACAGUUUUGGAUGUGCCUGGUCCACCUGCCUCUAUCAAGUUAGAUGAGGUAUUUUCUGAUCAUGUCAAAUUAAGCUGGACAGCUCCACAUGCAGAUGGUGGUUCACCAAUUACAAACUACAUUGUGGAUAAACGUGAGUCGAGCCGAGCUAAUUGGGCCCAGGUUUCUGCUAAAAUCAGCCGUGAUAUAACCGAAUUUUGUGUGGAAAGGCUGAUAAUGGGUCAUGAAUACCAAUUCAGAGUACGUGCUGAAAACCGAUAUGGGGCUGGUGAUGCCAUCCACUCAGAUCCUGCUGUUGCAAAGGACCCUUUCACUGUUCCUGGACAAUGUGAUCCACCGAUUGUCACAAACAUCACGAAGGAGAAAAUGACUGUAAGCUGGAAGGAACCCUCUGAUGAUGGCAACUCUACCAUUCUUGGAUAUAUUGUUGAGAAGCGUGAGACUAAAGAAAUUAACUGGACAAAACUGAAUAGGAAGCCAUUACUUGAAAGGUCACUUGAAGUUGGAGCUCUCUCAGAAGGGGCUCAAUAUGAGUUUAGAGUUAUUGCGGUUAACAAAGCUGGUCUUGGAAAACCUAGUGAGCCAUCAAAUUCUGCUGCUGCAGUUGAUCCUAUUUAUCCUCCUGGACCACCAAUUUCCCCAAAUGUUACAGACACAAGUAACAGUACUAUUAGCUUAUCUUGGACUAAACCUGCAAAUAAUGGUGGAAGUGAAAUUUUGGGAUAUCUAGUUGAAUGCAAAAGAACAGAUGCAACAGACUGGAUCAGAUGCAAUGUCCCAAAGAAUCUACAUGACACACACUAUGUUGUCACUGGACUCUUGGAGAAAUCAGAAUAUCAACUACGUGUUAGUGCUGUGAACAAAGUUGGCUUUGGUCAGCCAUGUGAAGUCCCAGAUAAACAUGUUGCAAAGGAUGUGUUUGUUGCACCUGAGGCAGAACUUGAUGCCGAAUUGAAGGAUAUGUUGGUGCUUCAGGCUGGUGCUCGUAUGAAACUUCAUGCCAAAAUCAAAGGCCGACCAAUUCCAAAGGUCACAUGGGCCAAGAUGAAUAGCAACAUAAAGGACAGACAGGGAAUCAUCAUUAAAGUCACAGACACUGAAACAAUUCUUUCUGUUGAAAGAGUUAAUAGAUAUGAUGCAGGGAAAUACAUUCUCAACCUUGAUAGUGUCAGUGGCAUGAAGAUGUACACAGUUGUUGUUAAGGUUCUUGAUACCCCUGGCCCACCACUAAACCUGAUGGUAAAGGAGACAUCAAAGGACAGUGCAUCUAUCAUGUGGGAUGAACCACUAAUUGAUGGUGGAAGUGAAAUUAAAGGUUACAUAGUAGAAAAACGUGAUGCAGAGAGAAAAGCAUGGUCCACAGUUUCUAGCUGUAAUAAAACAUCUUUCAAGAUUGAGGACCUGGAGCCUGGUAGAUCCUACUACUUUAGAGUAAUGGCUCAGAAUGAGUAUGGUACUGGUGAACCUGGUGAAACAGCAGAUGCUGCCAGAGCCUCUGAACAACCUGGACCAGUCUUGGACUUUAAGGCCUUGCUAGUAACUAGAGAUUCAUGCACACUUUCUUGGAAGAAACCAGUUACUGAUGGUGGUAGCCGCAUAAUUGCAUAUGUGCUUGAAGUUCUUAAUGGUGAGGACAAAUGGAAGGAGCUUCUAAGAUCCAAGAACAUGCAAUAUAGUGCUAAAGAUCUUGUUGAAGGAAGGGAAUACAAAUAUAGAGUAAUGGCAACCAACGAUGCAGGUGAUGGUCCAGUGAAGGAGCUUUCCAUUGUGGCAAAGGAUGUUAUUGUUUCUCCCAGCUGUGAUUUACGGGCUUUGCCAAACUUGAACUACAUUGCAAAAGAAGGAAGCACUGUUCGAAUCAAAAUACCCAUCAUUGGAAAACCUGUACCAGUAGUCUCAUGGAAGAAGGGUGAAGAUGAAAAUUUGACUGAAACUGGAAGAGUUUGUAUGGAAUCGACUGCUGUUAAUACAACUCUCUUGAUUCGGGACUGCCAGAGGAGUGAUGCUGGAAAAUAUACCAUUACCCUACGUAAUAAUGCUGGAUCGAAAGAAUCCUCUAUAUUUGUAAGAGUCGUUGGCAAGCCAGGAAUUUGUACAGGACCUAUCAAGUUUAAGGAAGUAACAGCCGAUGGAGCUACUUUAAAAUGGGGUGUUCCUAAAGAAGAUGGAGGGUCAGAGGUCACCAACUACCUUCUAGAGAAACGUGAUUCCAUUACCAAUAUGUGGGUAACUGUUUCCUUAGCAGUGGACACAAACAGUUAUAGAGUGGCUGGUCUUUAUGAAGGAACAGAAUAUAUCUUCAGAGUUUCUGCAGAAAACAAAUAUGGAGUUGGAGAAGGUCUUAAAUCUGAACCUAUGGUUGCCAAGCAUCCAUUCAACGUCCCUGAUGCUCCACCUACACCACAAAUCUUGAGCAUGCGUCAUGACUCAGCAACACUGGCUUGGUCUGAUCCACGAAAAACGGGCGGUUCACCAAUUACUGGAUAUCAUGUGGAAUUCAAGGAAAGAAACAGUAUGUUAUGGAAAAGAGCUAACCCAGCAUCUUUAAAAAUGAAAGACUUCAAAGUAACAGGUUUAACUGAGGGCUUGGAAUAUGAGUUUAGAGUAAUGGCUAUAAACUUGGCUGGUGUUGGCAAGCCAAGUCCUCCGACUGAGCCAAUGGUUGCUUUGGAUCCUAUUGAUCCUCCUGGUAAACCUGAUGUAAUCAGCAUCACAAGAAGUACUGUAACACUUCAAUGGACCGAACCUCAGUAUGAUGGUGGACACAGACUAACAGGUUACAUUGUUGAGAGACGUGAUCUUCCCGCGAAGUUCUGGGUGAAAGCCAACCCUGUAAACGUUGUGGAAUGUGCAUAUACUGUGGAUAACUUGCAGGAAGGUUGCAAGUUUGAAUUCAGGAUCAGAGCCAAGAAUUCAGCUGGGGCAAUAAGUCCACCAUCUGAACAAACAGAUACUCUUGUAUGCACUGAUGAAUAUGCUGCACCAUCUAUUAUUAUUGACCCCACAGUAAAGGAAGGGCUUACAGUCAAAGCUGGAGACACAAUAGUUAUCAACGCAACAAGUAUUUUGGGAAAACCUUCACCAAGUUCAGUCUGGUCAAAAGGAGGAAAGUAUUUCAAGCCAUCAGAUAUAUGUCAGAUUGAAACUACUCCUACAUCCUCUACUCUGUUUAUCAAAUAUGCAAGCAGAAAAAAUUCAGGGGAUUAUACCAUUACAGCCAGCAAUCCAUUUGGUGUCAAAGAAGAGAAUGUCAAAGUAAAGGUGUUGGAUGUCCCUGGGCCUCCAGGACCAAUUGAAGCAAGUGGCAUAUCAUCUGAAAAGGUUACCUUGACCUGGGCACCACCUAAUGAAGAUGGUGGAUCUGCAAUUAAAAAUUACAUUCUAGAAAAGAGGGAAACAAGCCGUCUCCUUUGGACAAUUCUUGCAGAAAAUGUUAUUGAUUGUCAUUUUGUUGCAAAUAAACUAAUCCAAGGGAAUGAAUAUAUAUUCCGUGUAUCAGCUGUCAACCAUAGUGGAUCUGGUGAUUUUUCACAUUCAGAGCCUGUAAAGAUGGUGGAUAACUAUGGUCCCCCAGGCCCUCCAGCAAGACCAGAAGUGGAACAGAUUGGAGGCAAGACUGUUACAAUCACAUGGAAGAGACCCGCUGAUGAUGGAGGCAGUGAUAUCACAGGCUAUACGGUUGAGAAAAAAGAAAGAAAGGGCAUAAGGUGGUCAAGAGCAUCAAAGAAGACUGUACCUGACCUUCAGUUUGAGGUGCAAGGUCUCACGGAAGGAGAAGAAUAUCAAUUCAGAGUAACUGCCGAAAACAAAGCUGGCUUUGGGGAACCGAGUGAGCCGUCACAACCUGUCAGAACAAAAGUCAUGGCAGAUGUACCUGGACCCCCAGUCAACCCAAGAGUAACAGAUACAACAAAGAACACAGCUGAACUGCAUUGGGGCAAACCUUUUAAUGAUGGUGGCAUGCCUGUUACAGGAUAUACUGUUGAGCAUAAAAAGGAUGGAGAAGAGACAUGGGUAAAAGAUACAACUACACCUUUAAUGAUCACAGAAUUUGUUGUUCCAAACCUGGAGACUGGAGCAAAGUAUCAUUUUAGAAUUAGUGCCAUGAAUGCAAUGGGAGUUGGGGAGCCAGCACAAACAGUAGACCUUACUCAAAUAAUCGAAUGCGAAGUAAUCCCAGACCUGGAGCUUGAUAUUGAAUUGAGAAAAACACUAGUUGUCAAAGCUGGAUGCUCUAUUCGCAUAUUUGUUCCAAUUAAAGGCCGUCCAAUUCCAUCUGUUACUUGGUCAAAGGAGGAGACUGCACUAAAAACCCUUGCAAACAUUGACAAUACAGAGUCUUACACUCUUUUAGUCAUUCCGGAUUGCCACAGACAUGAUGCUGGAAAAUAUGACUUAACAUUAGAGAAUGCUGCUGGAAAGAAGACUGCAUAUGUGAAUGUUAAAGUUUUGGACUCUCCAGGGCCUCCUAUCAAUCUUAAACCAAAAGCCAUUGACAAGGAAAGCAUUACACUUCAGUGGGAACCACCUCUAAUUGAUGGUGGUGCAAAGAUUACUAAUUACAUCAUUGAAAAAAGAGAAUCUACUCGAAAAGCUUAUGCUACUGUUGUAACAAAAUGUGCUAUGUGUUCUUUAAGAAUUCCAAAUUUGUCAGAGGGGUCAGAAUAUUAUUUCAGAGUAUCUGCAGAAAAUGAAUUUGGAAUUGGUGAAUCAGUAGAAACCCUGGAUCCCAUCAGAGCAUCUCAAGCACCAAGUCCCCCAGAAAUGGUCACAAUUACUGAUGUUACCAAAAACUCAGCUAGUCUUGCUUGGACCAAACCAAAACAUGAUGGUGGAAGCAGAAUAACUGGGUAUGUUAUUGAAGCUCAGAAAAGAGGAACAGACCAGUGGGCUCAUGUGACCACUGUAAAAACUUUAGACUUUAUUGUAAAAAACUUAAAUGAAAAUGAAGAGUAUGUAUUCCAUAUCAUGGCUGUUAACUUGUCAGGCAGAAGCCAUCCUCGUGAAAGCAAGCAUGUCAUUAUAAGAGAGCAAAGCACAGAACCAGAAUUUGACUUGCGGGGUAUCUGCAAGAAGACGGUCAUAGUAAAGGCUGGAGAUAACAUAAAGGUAGAGGUACCUGUAAUUGGGCGUCCUAAACCAACAGUAACCUGGCAAAAAGAUCAUAAAGCUCUCAAGUUAACGCAAAGGACAAUGGUUGAAAAUACCUCUACUUCUACUAUCUUGACUAUAAAUGAAUGUUUGAGAAGUGACACUGGAGUGUAUUCAGUUACAGGGAAAAAUAUAGUUGGCUCAGUUACUGAGAACAUCAUAAUCAAAGUGCAUGAUGUCCCUGGACCACCUAGGGGACCAAUAAAAUUAGACAAAAUAUCUCGUAAUUCCAUUGAGUUCUCAUGGGAUCUACCCGAAAAUGAUGGAGGUGUACCAAUUAAUAACUAUGUCAUUGAAAUUAGAGAAACUACUACUCAGAAUUGGACAGAACUCUCUUCCAUGGUCAUUCGGUCAACAUUUAAAGCAACUCAUCUAACAACAGGGGUGGAAUACCAAUUUCGUGUAAAGGCCAAAAAUAGAUAUGGUGUAGGACCUCCAAUCAUUUCAGAAGUUGUUGUUGCAGCUUUUCCAUUUAAGGUGCCUGGGCCACCAGGCACUCCUAAAGUUGUUGAAUUCACAAAGGACACAAUGACAGUUGGCUGGAAUGAGCCAGUUAAUGAUGGGGGAAGUGAAGUUAUUGGAUAUCAUCUUGAAAGAAAAGCGAGGAACAGCAUUGUCUGGCAUAAAAUUAGCAAAGCUCUUGUAGUGGGAAACCUUUUCAAAACAACUGGUCUGGAGGCUGGCACUGCAUACGAGUUCCGUGUUAUGGCUGAAAAUGUAGCAGGAAUUGGAAAACCAAGCAAAGCAUCUGAGCCCAUGCUUGCUCUUGAUCCAGUGGAUCCACCCGGUCAGCCUUUACCAAUCUCUGUGUCCAAAAAUUCAAUCACAAUUAAGUGGACAAAGCCAGAAUAUGAUGGUGGGUUCAAGAUUACAGGUUAUAUUGUGGAAAAAAGAGAUCUACCAGCUGGGCGCUGGAUAAGGGCCAAUUUCACAAACAUUAUUGAAACCACCUUUACUGUUAGUGGUUUAAGCAAAGAUGCAUCCUAUGAAUUCCGUGUGCUUGCAAGAAAUUCAGCUGGUGCUAUUAGCAACCCAUCAGAUGUAUCAGAUCAAAUAAUUUGUAAAGAUGACUUUGAAGAACCAAAAAUUAUGGUUGAUGCAAAAUUUAAGGAUGUUUUGCUUGUUAGAGCAGGAGAAGUCUUCAGACUUGAUGCUGAUGUUACAGGCCAGCCACUGCCAUCUAUGGUUUGGACCAAAGAUGGAAAGGACAUUGAAAACACUUCUAAACUACAGAUAAAAUUUACUGACCUCUCUGCUUUUUUGGUUAACAAGGACUCCCUUAGAAAAGAUGGAGGUCAGUUUGUUCUGACAGCUACUAAUGUGGGUGGAUUUGCUAAACACAUAUUCACUGUUAAAGUCCUUGAUAGACCAGGACCACCUACAGGACCUCUUAUGGUUUCAGAUAUCACAGCAGAAAAAUGUGUGCUUAAAUGGGCUCCACCUGAAGAUGAUGGUGGGGCAAACAUUGAACACUAUGUAAUUGAAAAACGUGAGUCAAGCAGACUUGCCUGGACAAAUGUGGCAACAGAAUUGCAAGUUACACAGUACCAGGUAACAAAACUGCUCAAAGGAAAUGAAUACAUUUUCAGAGUCAUGGCUGUUAAUAAGUAUGGAGUCGGUGAAGCCCUUGAGUCUGACCCAACAAUUGCGGACAACCCUUAUGUUCCACCUGAUCCUCCACAAAUGCCUGAGAUUACAGCUGUCACAAAGGAUUCAAUGGUGAUUUGCUGGAGAGCUCCUGCAAAUAAUGGUGGAAGUGAAAUCACUAACUAUGCAAUUGAGAGAAGAGACAGAAUUGGUUUACGCUGGGUAAAAUGCAACAAGAAGAAGGUAACUGACUUGCAUUUCAAGGUAACUGGACUUGUUCCAGGACAUGAAUAUGAAUUCAGAGUUUUUGCAGAGAAUGUAGCUGGACUCAGUGCACCAAGUCCUUCAAGUCCCUACACAAAGGCCACAGACACACUGUUCAAACCAGGCCCACCUGGUAACCCAAGGGUUUUGGACACAACAAGUUCGUCUAUCACACUUGCAUGGAAUAAACCAGGGUAUGAUGGUGGUUCUGAAGUGACUGGAUAUAUUGUUGAGACCUGUUUACCUGGAACUGAAGAGGAAGAAUGGAAAAUUGUCUCUCCUAAAGAAGGACUGAAAGCAACAUCAUUUAGUAUAACAAAUCUUAAGGAGAAUCAGGAAUACAAAAUAAAUAUUUCAGCUGUUAACAGUGAGGGUGUUGGAGAAGCAGCAUCUGUUCCCGGUUCCCCUAAAGCUGAAGAAAGACUCUUACCACCAGAAAUUGACCUUGACGCUGACCUCCGUAAGGUUGUGAACAUUAGAGCAUGUAACACCUUAAGGCUAUUUGUGCCAAUUAGAGGAAGGCCAACUCCAGAGACCAAAUGGUCAAGAGAGAAUAAUGAACCUUUGGAUAAAGCUACAAUUGAGAGUACAUCAUCUUUCACAUCUUUGGUAGUUGAAAACGUGAAUAGAUUUGACAGUGGCAAAUAUAUUUUGACUGUGGAGAACAGCUCAGGAAGUAAAUCAGUUUCUGUGACUGUUAGAGUUCUAGAUUCACCAGGUGCACCGCAAAACCUCCAAAUCAGCAAAGUUACAAAAGAAUCUGUCUCACUUGUAUGGGAUCCUCCACUGAAUGAUGGUGGGACAACGAUAAAGAACUAUAUUGUUGAAAAGCGUGAAGCAACAAGAAAGGCCUAUGCUACAGUUAACUCUAAUUGUCAUAAAACAGCAUGGACUGUUGAUCAGCUUCAAGAAGGGUGCAAUUACUACUUCAGAGUACUGGCAGAGAAUGAGUAUGGUAUUGGUCUCCCUAUUGAGACCAUUGAAUCAGUCAAAGUAUCAGAAAAACCACUUCCUCCAGGAAAAAUUACACUUCAGGAUGUUACAAAGACAAGUGUUACACUGUCAUGGGAGAAGCCUGAACAUGAUGGAGGAAGUAGAGUAGUUGCAUAUGUUUUGGAGAUGCAGAGUAAAGCCAGUGAGAAAUGGACACAGGUCAUGAUUGUCAAGGUACCAGAGGCAAUUGUUUCGGGCCUUACACCUGGUGAAGAGUACAUGUUCCGUGUUUCAGCCAGAAAUGAAAAAGGCACCAGUGAUCCUCGACAAAUUGGUGUUCCAGUGAUUGCCAAAGAUCUUGUAAUUGCCCCUUCUGCCAAAUUGUUAUUUUCAACAUUUACUGUUCUUGCUGGAGAGGAUUUGGCAAUAGAUAUUCCAUAUAUUGCUCGACCCAAAGCUGCAGUCUCUUGGGUGAAGGAUGCUACACCUCUAAAGCGAACAAGUAGGGUUAGCUUCACUUCCACAGAAAACCAAUUGAAUCUUGUAAUCAAAGAGUCAUGUAGAGAUGAUGUUGGCCAGUACAGCAUCAAACUUUCAAACACAGCUGGUGAGACAUCAAUGAAUAUAGGAGUAGUUGUCCUUGACAAACCUGGCCCACCAGUUGGCCCAGUGAAUUUUGAAGCAGUAACAGCUGAAAGUGUUACUAUUUCAUGGAAACCACCAGAGUAUGAUGGAGGCUGCACCAUUAAGAACUAUGUGGUGGAGAAAAGAGACACAUCCACAACAAACUGGGUAGUUGUAACAGCAAAUCUAGCCAGAACCAAGAUUAAAGCUGGAAGACUAAAAACAGGCAAUGAAUAUCAAUUUAGAAUCACUGCUGAGAACAGAUACGGCAAAAGCCCUUUACUUGUCUCAGAGUGUGUUAUUGCACAGUAUCCAUAUAAGCUUCCAGGACCACCUGGAACACCCUUCAUUCAUUCCUCAACCAAAGAAAGUAUGGUUGUGAUGUGGAAUGAACCUGUUAUUGAUGGAGGAAGCACAAUUUUGGGUUACCAUCUUGAACGUAAAGAAAGAAACAGCAUUCUUUGGGUCAAGCUUAAUAAGUCUAUAAUCCAGGACACAACAUACAAGACCACAGGCCUUGAGGAAGGCCUUGAAUAUGAAUUUAGGGUGUAUGCUGAGAACAUUGUUGGUAUUGGAAAGGCGAGCAAAAUAUCAGAGGGACAUUUUGCUCGAGAUCCUUGUGAUCCUCCUGGUACACCCGAAGCAGUUAAAAUUACAAAGAACUCCAUCACUAUUAUGUGGACUAAACCUGAGUAUGAUGGUGGAAGCAAGGUCACAGGGUAUAUUGUUGAAAAGAAAGAAUUACCUGAAGGACGUUGGCUGAAAGCAAACUUUACCAAUGUCAUCGAAACAGAGUAUAGUGCCACAGGUCUCACAGAAGACCAGAAAUAUGAGUUUCGAGUUAUUGCAAGAAAUGCCUCAGGAGUUUUUAGUGAUCCUUCAUAUAGCACAGGGCCCAUUACUGCGAAGGAUGAGAUUGAACCCCCUCGCAUCAGCCUGGACCCACAUUACACCCAGGCAAUUGUUGUAAAUGCAGGAGAAUCAUUUAAAAUUGAUGCAGAUGUACAUGGAAAACCAACACCAACAAUUCACUGGAUGAAGGGAGAUCAGGAACUUGGAAACACUAUACAUCGUGAAAUCAAGAACACGACCAAAUUUGCAUGCUUGUCUGUAAAAGAGUCCAAGCUUGCUGAUGGUGGCCAGUACACACUACUCCUAAGGAAUCCAGGAGGUGAGAAAGCUGUCCAUGUCAAUGUGAAUGUUCUAGAUAAACCUGGGGCACCCGAGGGUCCCAUAUCCAUUACAGGGGUAACCACUGAACAAUGCUACCUUGCAUGGAAACCCCCAAAGCAGGAUGGUGGGAGCACAAUCACUCAUUACAUUGUUGAGAGAAGAGAGACAAGCAGACUUAUCUGGACUUUGGUUGAAUCCAAAGUUCCAGCUGAAAUGUUGAAAGUUACAAAACUCCUUGAAGGCAAUGAAUAUAUAUUUAGGGUUUUUCCAGUAAAUAAGUUUGGAGUUGGUGAAGCACUUCAGUCUGAUCCAGUCCUUAUUAAAGAUCCAUUUAUGCUACCGGAUGCUCCAAAGGGAAUAGAGGUCUCUGAUAUAAAGAAAGAUUCAAUGGUAUUAAGUUGGGAAGCACCGUCAAGUGAUGAUGGCACUCCUGUCACUGGAUAUAUAAUUGAAAAACAUGACAAGGAGAGUGUUAGAUGGAUCAGGUGCAAUAGGAAAAUGGUCACAAACCUAACCUACAAAGUCACUGGGCUUCUUGAGGCCCACCUUUAUGAAUUUAGAGUUGCAGCUGAAAAUUCUGUUGGGGUUGGUGAGCCUAGUUCAGCAACGGUAUUCUAUAAAGCUCUGGAUCCUGUGUUCAAGCCAGGUCCUCCACAUAAUCCUAAAGUUAUAGACACAACCAAAUCAUCUGUGUCACUUACAUGGGGGAAACCUAUUUAUGAUGGUGGAUGUGAAAUCCAUGGAUAUAUUGUUGAAUCAUGUGAGGUAAAAGCAGCAGCAGAGGUGGUGAAACCUGCUCAGGAAAUUGAAGUUUCUGAGGGCGUGGAUGAAGAAUGGACUAUCUGCACCCCAGCAACUGGUGUUAAGUUAACAUGUUUUACAGUAGAAAAUCUAAAAGAAAAACAGACAUACAAGUUCAGAGUAUGUGCAGUUAACAAAGUUGGUGUAGGUGAACAUGCAGACAUUGCUGGCCACAUUCAACCGGAAGAUAAGACAGAGGAGCCAGACCUUGAUAUUGAUCCUGAGUUUAGAAAGAUUGUCAGUAUUAAAGCUGGGGGAUCUCUACGAGUUUUUGUUCCCAUUAAAGGACGCCCUGUACCACAAAUUAAAUGGGAGAAGGAUGAUGGCCCCAUUAAAGAGACAGCACAAAUUGAAGUCACAAGUUGUCACACUUCUCUUGUGAUUGAUAAAAUAAAUAGACAGGACAGUGGAAAGUACUCUGUGACUGCAGAAAACUCAUCUGGUGUAAAGUCUGCGACCAUCAUUGUGAAAGUUCUUGAUACUCCUAGUGCUCCAGUUAACCUUAAAGUUCAAGAAAUUACAAGAGAGUCUGUCACUCUUUCAUGGGAACCUCCUACAUUGGAUGGAGGUGCUAAGAUCAAAAACUAUAUUGUUGAAAAACGUGAAACUACAAGGAAAACCUUCUCUGCUGUUGUAACAAAUUGCCAUAAAUUGACAUGGAAAAUUGAACCACUUCAAGAAGGCUGCUGCUACUAUUUCAGAGUCCUAGCAGAAAAUGAGCAUGGUAUUGGAAUACCUGCAGAUAUUACUGAUCCUUUGAAAGUAUCAGAAGUGCCACAAUGCCCUGGAAAAUUAAGUGUUGUAGACAAUACAAAAACAAGUGUCUCUCUUGCUUGGGAAAAACCACUGCAUGAUGGUGGCAGUAGAAUUCUUCAAUACCUUGUUGAAAUGCAAGUGAAAGGAAAUGAAAAAUGGUCUGGUUGUGCAAACGUAAAAACAUUAGAAGCUGUUAUUAAUAAUUUAAACCCAGGUGAGGAGUACACUUUCAGAGUAACUGCUAUUAAUGAAAAAGGAAAGAGUGACCCAAGAAUCCUGGCAGUGCCAGUACAAGCAAAGGAUCUAGUUAUUGAACCAGAUGUUAGGCCUUCAUUUAACAAUUACAGCGUUCUUGUUGGUAAAGACCUGCAAGUUGAAAUUCCAAUUUCUGGACGCCCUAAACCAAAGGUGACAUGGAUAAAGGAUGGGGAAGCUCUUAAAUUCACAACAAGAGUGAACAUUUCAAAUACACCACAUAGUACAAUUCUUAGCAUCAAGGAAGCUGCCAGAGAGGAUGGUGGCAUGUAUGGAAUCAAUGUUUCAAAUAUUCUUGGGCAAAAAGAUGCAACAGUUGAAAUAAUCACUCUUGACAAACCAGGACCACCAACUGGCCCUGUAAGAUUUCUUGAGGUAACAGUAUCAAGUGUUACACUGUCAUGGGAACCUCCAAAGUACACUGGUGGUUGUCCAAUUUCAAACUACAUUGUACAAAAGAGAGACACAACUACCAAUACUUGGGAGAACGUUGCAGUUUCUGUUGCAAGAACAACACUGAAGGUCUCCAGACUAAAAACUGGGGUGGAGUAUCAGUUUAGGAUUAUUGCUCAAAACAGAUAUGGCAAAAGCUAUGCUUUAGAAUGUCCAGCUGUUGUUGCCCAGUACCCAUAUAGAGAACCAGGCCCACCUGGUACUCCAUUUGUGUCAUCUUUGUCCAGAGAUCACAUGGUUGUAGAGUGGCAUGAACCUGUUGUAGAUGGAGGCAGCAGCGUUAUAGGAUAUCACCUUGAACGAAAAGAAAGGAACAGUAGCCUUUGGACAAAGAUAAACAAGAGCUUGAUUCAAGAAACAAAAUUCAAAACCUAUCCUUUGGAAGAGGGAAUUGAAUAUGAGUUCAGGGUCUAUGCAGAAAAUAUUGUUGGCAUUGGUCGAUGCAGCAAAAUCUCAGAGGGGUAUGUGGCCCGUGAUCCAUGCGAUCCACCUGGCACCCCAGAAGCUAUUCAUGUUAGCAAAGAUUCAAUAAUAAUACAAUGGACAAAACCAGAAUAUGAUGGAGGAAGUGUAAUAACUGGUUAUACUGUUGAGAAGCGUGAUCUGCCAGAAGGACGCUGGGUGAAAGCUAGUUUUACAAAUGUCAUUGAAACCCAAUUUACUAUUAGUGGGCUUACAGAGGGCUCUAAAUAUGACUUUAGAAUAAUUGCAAAAAAUGCCGUUGGCACUAUUAGCAAACCAUCUUUGAACAGUGGACCUAUUGCUGCUCUGGAUGAAGUCGAGCCACCAAAGUUUUCAAUUGAUCCUGAAUAUACUCAGACCAUUACUGUGAAUGCUGGGGAUACAUUUAAACUUGAUGCAGAUGUCCAUGGCAAACCAGUACCUACAAUGCAGUGGUUCCUAGGUGAUAAGAAACUUGAAAACACAAUGAAAUGUGAGAUCAAAAACUCUGACACCAGGGCUAUGAUUGUCUUAAAGGAUGCACUCAGACAUGAUAGUGGACACUAUAGUCUUCAUCUCACCAAUGUCGCUGGCUCACAAACUGUUUCAUUCCAAGUGAAAGUACUGGACAAACCCAGUCCACCCGAAGGACCUCUUCGUGUCACAGGGGUAUCAAGCAAUAAGUGCACACUGUCAUGGCGCCCCCCACAAGAUGAUGGGGGAAGCCUUAUCACCCAUUAUAUUAUUGAAAGACGUGAAACUAGUCGUCUUGCUUGGGCCAUUAUCUCUAGUGUUUGUAAAGCCACAAUAUUCAAAGUAACAAACCUUCUUGAAGGCAAUGAAUAUAUCUUUCGUGUCAUGGCUGUCAACAAUUACGGUGUUAGUGAGCCAAUUAAUUCUCCGUCUGUAAUACUGAAGAAUCCGUUUACAACCCCAGGAUCACCUCAAAUUCUGGAGGUGACUAACAUUGCCAGAGAUUCUAUGACUGUGUGCUGGAGUGCACCAGAGAAUGAUGGAGGAAGUGAAAUUGUUGGAUAUAUCAUUGAAAAGAAAGAUCGUUCUGGAAUUAAGUGGACCCGAUGCAAUAGACAAAAAGUCACUGAUGUAUGUUUCAGAGUUCAAGGCCUCAUGGAGGAUCAUGAGUAUGAGUUCAGAGUGUCAGCUGAAAAUGCAGCUGGAAUUGGUGAACCUAGCAUACCUACAUCAUACUACAAAGCUUGUGAUCCUAAAUUUAAACCUGGCCCUCCCACAAAUGCACAUAUAAUUGACACCACAAAGAGCUCAAUUUCAUUGGCAUGGGGAAAGCCUCUUAAUGAUGGUGGAAGUGUCAUUCAAGGAUACAUAGUUGAGAUAUGCAAAAUGGAGGAGGAUGAAUGGACUAUGUGUACGCCACCAACUGGUCUGCGUGUUAAUAAAUUUGAAAUAAGCAAACUAACAGAGCAACAGGAGUAUAAGAUUCAGGUAUGUGCUAUCAAUAAAUUAGGUGUGGGUGAGCCUGCAGUUAUUACUGGGCCUGUGAAAACAGAGGACAGACUUGAAGUUCCUGAAAUUCAUCUUGAUUCAGAGUUGAGGAAAGGUAUAGUUGUUCGAGCUGGGGGAUCAUUUAGAAUCAAUGUGCCUUUCAAGGGAAGACCAACACCAGAUAUUAAAUGGACUAAAGAUGAAGGGGAUUUGACAGAGAAAGCCAUAAUUGAGAAAGGUUUUAAUUUUACACAGCUUUCACUUGACUCAUGUGACAGAAAAGAUUCUGGAAAAUAUAUUGUGUCCCUAAGGAACAGCAGUGGAACAGCAUGUGAAUUUGUAUCAGUAAAAGUAUUAGAUACACCAGCAGCUCCACUUAACCUGGUGGUAAAAGAUAUUAAGAAAGAUUCCAUGACACUUGUUUGGGAUCCACCACUUAUUGAUGGAGGUGCAAAAAUCAAAAACUAUCUUGUAGAUAAGCGUGAAUCCACAAGAAAAGCAUAUGCUAAUGUCACAACAAAGUGUAGCAAGACAAGCUUCAAGGUGGAAAAUCUUGCAGAGGGGGCACUAUACUACUUUAGAAUUAUGGCUGAAAAUGAAUAUGGAAUUGGUCUACCAGUUGAAACAAAGACUGCAUUAAAGGCUUCUGAAGUACCUCUGUCAGUAGGAAAGAUCAUGUUGACUGAUGUUACCAAAACAAGUGCAUCUCUUGCAUGGGAGAAACCAGAGCAUGAUGGUGGCAGCAGGAUUGCAGGCUACUUGAUUGAAAUGCAAUUAAAGGGAACAGAAAAAUGGAGUGUAGCAACAUCUGUCAAAACCUGUGAAGGUACUGUCACUGGGCUAACAGCUGGUCAAGAAUAUUUGUUCCGGGUUCUUGCUUUUAAUGAGACAGGAAAGGGUGAACCUAAGCUUCUUGCUGCUCCUGUCAUAGCCAAUGAUUUAACCAUUGAACCCAGCCUAAAAUCACAGUUUAAUACAUACAGUGUGAAAUCUGGUAAUAAUCUUAAAUUGGAAAUACCUGUAUUUGGACGUCCCAAGCCAAAGGUUACUUGGAUGAAGGAUGGACAAACUCUUAAAGUGACAUCUCGAAUCAGCACUUCAAACACACCAACAUCAGCCAUUCUACAGAUAACUGAAGCCACUAAAGAUGACUUUGGAAAGUAUACAAUAAGUGCAACAAAUAGCACUGGUACUAUUACAGAAGAUAUUAGAAUAAUUGUCCUUGAUAAGCCUGGUCCUCCAAGUGGUCCAAUUAAAGUGAAUGAAGUGAGCAAUAGCUUUGUUACAAUCGCAUGGGAACCCCCAUCUUACACAGGAGGCUGUCAGGUGAAGCACUAUAUUGUUGAAAAGCGAGAGACAACUACUACAGCAUGGGAAGUUGUAGCUGGAUCAGUUGCCAGGACAUCUCUAAAAAUAGCAAAGCUGAAAACCGGUUCUGAGUACCAGUUUAGAGUCAUCGCUGAAAACAGAUAUGGCAAGAGUUCCUCUUUGGAGUCAAAGGCAGUUGUGGUUCAGUAUCCAUACAAACCUCCUGGGCCACCUGGAACUCCAUAUGUGAAAUCUGCCUCCAAGGAUCAAAUGAUAAUUGAGUGGAAUGAGCCUGUCAAUGAUGGUGGAAGCUCAGUAAUUGGCUACCACCUGGAAAGCAAAGAACGGACUAGUAUCUUGUGGACAAAGUUGAACAAAUCUCUCAUUACUGACACCAUGUUUAAGAUAUGUAAUCUUGAGGAAGGAAUUGGUUAUGAAUUCAGAGUAUAUGCUGAGAAUAUUGUUGGUAUUGGCAGAGCAAGCAAGGUUUCAGACAGCUUUGUUGCUCGUGAUCCAUGUGAUCCUCCUGGUACUCCAGAAGCUAUUUCUAUUUCAAAGAACCAUGUGGUAAUACAAUGGACAAAACCUCAAUAUGAUGGUGGCAGCAAAGUGACAGGAUACAUUGUUGAAAAGAAGGACUUACCUGAAGGCCACUGGAUGAGGGUCAACUUUACCAAUGUGAUUGAGACAGAAUUCACAAUCACUGGCUUAACAGCAGACCAACAGUAUGAAUUCAGAGUCAUAGCAAGAAAUGCUGCUGGCAUUUUCAGUGAGCCAUCUGACAGCACUGGCCCAAUAACCACAACAGAUGAAAUUGAACCUCCAAGUGUUUCAAUGGAUCCUAAGUACCAGGAUGUCAUUGUUGCCAUUGCUGGAGAGAAUUUAGUACUUGAUGCUGAUAUUCAUGGAAAACCUGUUCCUGAUGUUCAAUGGCUAAAAGAAGGAAAGGAAAUGGGUAGAACACUACGCAUUGAAACAAAAACAACACAGAAAUGUGCCACUAUUACUGUCAAAGACUGCACACGAUUGGACUCUGGCCAUUAUGACCUAGUAUUAAGAAAUAGUGGUGGCACAAAAACAAUUCCCAUUACUGUGCGGGUUCUGGAUAGGCCCGGCCCUCCAACUGGACCACUAAAUGUAACUGGUAUAAUGUCUGAUACAUGUGAUCUGAUUUGGGCUGAGCCUUCUCAGGAUGGUGGAGCUAAUAUUUCUCACUACAUUCUUGAGAAGAGAGAAACCAGCAGGUUAUCAUGGACUUUGGUUGAUUCAAAUAUUCACACUACCUGCUACAAGGUGACAAAGCUCCUGGCAGGUGAUGAAUAUAUUUUUAGAGUUAAGGCUGUCAAUAAAUAUGGAAUUAGUGACCCCCUGGAGUCUGCAGCCAUUAUUGCCUGCAAUCCAUACAAGCCACCAAAUGCACCAUCAACACCAGAAGCAAGUGAAAUAACAAAAGAUUCUAUGAUUCUAUCAUGGAAUGCCCCAGACACUGAUGGUGGAACUGAAAUUAUUGGUUAUCACCUGGAGAAACGUGACAAAGAUGGUGUAAGAUGGACCAAGUGCAACAGACAGAAGCUUUCAGACUUGUACUUUAAAGUAACUGGUCUUUCGGAGGGGCAUUUCUAUGAAUUCCGUGUGGCUGCAGAGAAUGCUGCUGGUGUGGGAGAGCCAAGUGACUUAUCUCUGUUCUAUAGAGCAAUAAAUGCAACAACUCCUCCUGGUCCACCACAUCAUCCUAAAGUAACAGAUCAUACAUCCUCAUCUGUGUCUCUUGCUUGGGGUAAGCCAGUUACAGAUGGUGGGGCAUAUAUCAAAGGUUAUAUUGUUGAGAUGAAAGAGGUCUCUGCAGAAGAAUGGACCAUGUGUACACCCCCAAGUGGUUUACUGGCAACAUGUAUAACAGUAGAAAACCUUAAAGAAAAUGCUGAGUAUAACUUCCGGGUGUGUGCCUUUAAUUCAGAAGGAGUUGGUGAACCUGCUGAUGUCCAUGGCUCUGUGAGUGCUACUGAAAGAACUGAGACACCAGAAAUUGAACUUGAUGCGAAUCUUAGAAAAGUUGUCUCUGUUCGUGCAGGAGGAACACUACGUCUAUUUAUUAAAAUCAGAGGUAGACCUGAACCAUCUGUCAAAUGGGAGAGAGAAGAGGGGGCUUUAACUGAGAGAGCACUGAUUGAAACUACUAGUUCAUACACAAUGCUUGUAAUUGACAAUGUCAAUAGAUUUGACAGUGGGAAAUAUGUUUUAUCUCUUAAUAAUAAAAGUGGCACAAAGUCAGCAUUUGUAAAUGUCAGGGUGCUUGAUUCGCCAAGUGCGCCACAGAAUUUUGAGGUCAAAGAAGUUAAGAAAGAUUCAGUCACUCUCUACUGGGAACCUCCUCUUACUGAUGGUGGAGCCAAAAUAACCAAUUACAUUGUGGAAAAGCGUGAAUCUACAAGGAAAGCUUACACAACUGUCACAAGCAACUGCACUCAAAAUUUCUUCAAGAUAGAUGAUCUUCAAGAGGGAGGAAUAUUCUACUUCCGAGUGUGUGCGGUUAAUGGGUAUGGCUUUGGUCUGAUGACUGAAACAAAAAAUCCAGUCAAGAUUGCACAGGUCCCUAUGUCCCCAGGAAAGGUAACUCUUGUGGAUGUUACCAAGAACAGUGUGACUCUCACGUGGAUGAAACCUUCACAUGAUGGUGGUAGUAAAGUUAUUUGUUACAAUGUAGAGAUGCAGUCAAAGAGCACAGACAAAUGGGUUGCGUGCUGUACAGUAAAAGUUCCAGAGGCUACUGUGUCUAACCUUACACCUGGUGAAAUGUACUCGUUCAGGGUAAUUGCACUGAAUGAGAAAGGCAAGAGUGAACCCCAAGAACUUGGUGUGCCUGUUUGUGCUAAAGACAUAGAGAUAGAGCCUUCAAUUAAUCUGCUCUUUAACACUUACAGUGUUAAGGCUGGAGAUGACCUUAUUAUUGAAGUUCCUGUAAGAGGAAGACCUAAGCCAGUGGUUUCUUGGAAAAAGGAUGACCUACCUCUUAAGCAAACAACUUCUCUCUCAAUAACAAAUACCUUGGUAUCAAGCAAGAUCGUAAUCAAAAAAGCUUGUAUUGAGCAUGUUGGGAAAUAUGAAAUCACCCUAGCUAAUACAGCUGCCACCAUUUCCAAAGAUGUUAAUGUUGUGGUUCUUGACAAGCCAGGCCCACCAGCUGCAGUAAAGAUCGAUGCUGUGACUGCUGACUCCAUUACACUAUCAUGGUCUCCCCCUGAAUAUGAUGGGGGAUGCUCCAUUAAUAACUACAUAGUUGAGAAGAGGGAUACCAACACAACAGUCUGGCAGAUUGUUUCAUCAAACAUUGCCAGAAAUUCAGUCAAGGUAUCUCGACUGACUCAUGGUUCUGAAUACCAGUUCCGUAUAUAUGCAGUGAACCGCUAUGGAAAGAGUAAGUCAAUUGACUCUCCUGGAAUUACAGCAGAAUACUUAUUCAAGCAACCUGGGCCACCUGCUACUCCCCAUGUGGCUCAUGCUACCAAGUCUUUCAUGUUUGUGACAUGGAAUGAACCAGUUAAUGAUGGAGGUAGCACAGUUCUUGGUUAUCACUUGGAACGCAAAGAGCGAAGUAGUAUUCUAUGGACAAAGGUCAAUAGGAUUCUCAUCAAAGAUACUGAAUUUAAAGUGACUGGCCUUGAAGAGGGUAUGUUCUAUGAGUUCCGGGUAUAUGCUGAAAACAUUGCUGGCAUUGGAAAGGUCAGCAAAGUCAGUGAGUCUAUAGCUGCUAGAGAUCCAUGUGAUCCUCCUGGUCAACCAGUGGUUACCAGCAUUACUAGAUCUUCUGUCUCGCUCUCUUGGACAAAGCCUGAAUAUGAUGGAGGUGCCAAAGUUACAGGUUACACAAUUGAACGUAGAGAUAUUCCAGAUGGCCGCUGGAUGAGAUGCAACUUUACCAAUGUUCCUGAAACAUUCUUUGAUGUUACUGGUCUUACUCAAGAUCAGCAAUAUGAUUUCCGUGUGACUGCAAAGAAUUCAGCUGGACUGUUUAGUGAGCCAUCAGAUAACACAGGCCCUAUCACAGUUAAAGAUGAUGUAGAGCCACCACGAAUUAUGAUGGAUGUCAAAUUUAGAGAUGUUGUUGUUGUAAAAGCAGGAGAGGCCCUAAAGAUCAGUGCUGACAUUGCUGGACGCCCGCUACCAGUGGCAUCAUGGACAAAGGAUGGAAAAGAGAUUCAGCUCAAAACAAGAAUUCAAAUAUCUACAACAGAUACUAGCACUAUGGUAGUAGUAAAAGAUUGCAUAAGGAGUGACUCUGGAAAGUAUGCAUUAACAUUACAGAAUGUCGCUGGUACAGUAACAAUGCCCGUGCAAUGUGUGAUUCUUGACAAGCCUGGACCUGCAGCAGGACCUUUGUCAGUAACUGAGCUCACAGCACAGGACUGCACACUGUCAUGGGGACCACCACAAGAAACUGGUGGUGCAGAAAUUACACAUUAUGUUGUAGAGAAACGAGAGACUAGCAGUUUGGCAUGGACAAUUGUACAAGGAGAGGUGAAAACUAAAACAUGCAAGGUCACAAAGCUCCUUAAAGGCAAUGAAUACAUAUUCAGAGUUUUGGCUGUAAAUAAAUUUGGACUUGGUGAACCUCUUGAAAGUGAACUUGUCAAAGUCACUGAUCUAUUCACCUUUGCAGCACCACCGACAAGUGUUGAAAUAACAAAUAUAUCCAGUGAGGAGAUGACUGUAACUUGGGCUAAGCCUGCUUCUGAUGGAGGCAGUGAAAUAAUAGGCUAUGUGAUUGAACGACAUGAGAAAUCAAGCCUGCGAUGGAUCAGAGUCAACAGGGAGCUUGUGAAAGAAGAAAGAGCUGUAGUAUCAAAACUACGAAAAGGAAGUGAAUAUGAAUUUAGAGUAUUUGCAGAGAAUGCCGCAGGUUUAAGUCCUCCUAGUGAGGCAUCGGCUCCAGCUGUGGCAAAGGAUGCUUUACUUGUGCCAACCCCACCAUCCAAACCGAAGGUUCUUGAUUACACAAAGAGUUCAAUUACAAUUACCUGGAACAAGCCAUUGUCAGAUGGAGGAACACCAAUCCUUGGAUACAGAGUGGAAUACAAGAAAACAGAGGAUGAGGAAUGGUCUGUUUCCACUCAGAUGACAAAGAGCACAGAGUUCAGUGUAUCUGGUCUUACAGCUGAUCUGGAAUAUAUAUUUGCCAUUAAAUGUAUAAACAAAGUAGGCCUGAGUGAGCAAUCUCCAGUUUCAGAACCACAGGUAGCAACAGACAGAAAGGAGGAACCAGUAUUUGAUGUUGACAUUGAAAUGAGGAAAACACUGAUUGUUAAGCAUGGCAAUUCAUUCACAAUGACAGCACCAUUUAAAGGAGUACCAGUGCCUUCAGUCACCUGGAAUAAAGAAGAUGUUGACCUCAAAUCAAGAGGUACAAUUGAAACAACUGGAAAAUACACAUCACUAACUAUUGAAAAGGCAACAAGAAAUGACUCAGGACAAUACACUGUUACAUUGGACAAUGGUGUUGGAACUGCAACUUUGACAAUGGUUGUCAAAGUACUUGAUUCCCCAGGACCACCUGUUAAUGUAAAGAUUAAAGAUGUGACAAAAGGUUCUGCCACAGUUACCUGGGAGGUCCCAGAGAAUGAUGGGGGUGAUCCUGUGAAAGCCUAUCAUAUCGAAAAACGUGAAGCUAGCAAAAAGGCCUGGGUGUGUGUAACAAAUAACUGCCACGAUCUGGUCUAUAAUGUAGAGGGCUUGCAAGAGGGUGCAAUCUACUUCUUCAGAGUCAUUGGAGAGAAUGAAUUUGGUAUGGGUGUACCAACGGAAACAAAAGAUGCAACUAAAAUAACAGAAAUACCAAGCACACCUGCCAGACUUGGAGCAGCUGAAGUAACAAAAGACAGUGUUAAAUUAGUAUGGUCAAAACCAGAGUUUGAUGGUGGAAGCAGAAUUACAGGCUACCUCAUUGAAGCUCUUGAAAAGGGACAUAAAAAGUGGGUGAAGUGUGCUACUGUAAAAACCAAUACUCACAUAAUCAAAGGUUUGCGAGAAAAUGCAGAGUACUUCUUCAGAGUGCGUGCUGAAAAUCAUGCAGGACUCAGCGAUCCGAAGGAAAUGAUCAUUCCUGUGAUUGUAAAAGAUCAACUCAAUGCCCCUGAAUUUGAUAUGAAGAACUUCCCACACAACACUGUUUAUGUGAGGGCAGGAUCAAAUCUGAAGUUUGAGCUUCCUCUCACUGGCAAGCCCAUGCCAAAGGUGGCAAUGACAAGAAACAAUAUUCCAGUGAGGUGUGGAAAGAGAUUUAGCUUUGAUGUAACACCUGAAAGUCUUAAUAUCAGCCUCAAAGAAAGUAUUGCAAGUGAUGCUGGAAGAUAUGACAUUGUUGCCUCAAAUACCAGUGGAACAACCAAGAUGUUCAUUAAUAUGCUGGUGUUAGAUAGACCAGGUCCUCCAGUUGGUCCAGUUGAAAUCAGUGAUGUUGGAGAAACAUCACUGUGCCUAAAAUGGUUACCACCUGUAUAUGAUGGAGGUAGCCCAGUGACCAACUAUGUUGUGCUCAGACGUGAAACAAGCACACCAGCUUGGGUAGAGGUGUCAUCCACACUUGCAAGGAAUGCAAUUAAAGUCACUAAAUUAACAAAGGGAGAAGGAUACCAAUUCAGAAUAAAAGCAGAGAAUCGCCUUGGUAUUAGCGAUCACAUUGACUCUCAAUCUGUCACUGUGAAACUUCCCUACACAAUUCCUGGACCACCAUCAACACCAUGGGUGAGCUUUGUUUCAAGAGAAAGCCUUACAGUUUGCUGGAAUGAACCAGUAGUAGAUGGAGGAAAUACAGUAUUUGGAUACCAUGUCCAAAUGAAAGAAAGAAGCAGCAUUCUAUGGCAGAAAGUGAACAAGACAGCAACCCCUGCUAAUCAAAUUAGGGUGACAAAAAUAUGCCCGGGUACAAUUUAUGAAUUCAAGGUUGCUGCAGAAAAUGCGGCUGGUAUUGGUAAAUUCAGCAAGACAUCAGAAGAAGUACUUGCUAUUGAUGCUUGUGAACCUCCUGCAAAUGUGAGAAUCUCUGAGAUUACGAAGAACUCAGUUAGCCUUGUCUGGCAGAAGCCUCCCUUUGAUGGUGGAUGUAAGAUCACUGGCUACAUGGUUGAGAGAAGAGAUGCUCCAAAUGGCAGAUGGACAAAGGCUAACUUUACAAAUGUCAUUGAGACAAAAAUCACUUUGUCAGGCUUGACACAAGAUCAGUCAUAUGAAUUUAGGGUCUUUGCCAAAAAUGCAGCUGGGUCUGUGAGUAAUCCAUCUCUUAUUGCUGGACCAGCAACUUGUGUGGACAUUUCUGGUGCCCCAGUAAUCGAACUGACACCCGAGUACCUAGAUGUUGUGCAAUAUAAAGCCGGAGCUUCUGUUAAGAUAAAACUUGGAAUUAUGGCUAAGCCAUUGCCCAAAAUUGAAUGGCUCAAGGAUGGAAAGGAAUUAGUGUCAAGUUCACAGCUAUCAAUUGAGAGCACCACUGAUUCAUCUGGCAUUCUUAUCAAGGAUACAACUCGUCUUAACAGUGGGACAUAUGAAAUAAAGGCCAAGAAUGUGUUUGGCACAGCUUCUGCCUCCAUUAGAUUGUCAAUUCUAGACAAACCAAGCACUCCAGCAGGAAGUAUUCAAUUCAAAUCAGUGACCGCUGACAAAAUAGUAAUAGCUUGGGAGCCAGUAUCAGAUGACGGAGGUUCGAGUGUCACCCAUUAUAUUGUGGAAAAACGAGAGACGGGUAGAGGUGUAUGGGCUACUGUUUCUGACUGUAUGGAGGAACGCACAGUUUCUGUCCAGAAGUUGGUCAGAGGAGGUGAAUAUGUCUUCCGUGUCAGAGGAGUCAACAAAUAUGGAGCUGGAGAUCCUCUUGAAUCUGAACCAAUAAUUGCCAAGAAUGCAUUUGUCACUCCUGGACAACCUACAACACCAGAGGCAACAGAAAUCACUAGAACAUCCAUGAAAAUUAUAUGGAAUAAACCAGGAGUGGAUGGUGGUAGUAUGGUUACAGGCUUCUAUUUACAGAGACGUGACAAGAAGAAUCUGCGCUGGAUUAAAAUCGGCAAAGACCCAAUUUCUGAAACCACAGCAAAAGUCUAUCACUUAACUGAAGGAAAUGAAUAUCAGUAUCGUGUGUGUGCAAUCAACAAAGCUGGAGAAGGUCCAUUCUCAGAUGCUUCUGACUUUUAUAAAGCAGCUGACCCCGUUGAUACACCUUCUGAGCCUACUAAACUCAAAGUUGUUGAUUCGACUAAAACUUCAAUUACUCUUGGAUGGUCCAGCCCAGAGUAUGAUGGAGGCAGUGAAAUUACUAGCUACAUUGUGGAAAAAAGGGUUGGUGAGGAAGGAGAAUGGGUAGUUAUAAGUAAAAAAGGUGAAGUCAGAACAGUUGAGUAUGUUGCUUCAGAUCUUGUACCAGAAGUUGACUACUACUUCCGUGUAUCUGCUAUGAAUUGUGCUGGUCGUGGAGACCCAAUAGAGAUGGAGGAACCAGUCCAGGCUAAAGAUAUUCUUGAGGAAGCUGAUGUUGACAAAGAUGUUGCAAUGAGAACUCAUUACAUUGUCAAAGCUGGCAAAGAUGUUGAGAUCAUGGUUCCGCUAAAAGGCAGACCUGCUCCAAUUGUUUCCUGGAAGAAAGAAGACCAGAACAUUGAUAAUGACCCUAAAUAUGAUAUACAUAACACAGAUACUUCAUCGUGCCUUGUACUGUCACAUGUAACCCGUAAUGAUAGUGGCAAAUACACUAUUGAGAUAACAAAUGGAGUAGGACAACCAAAAUCUUUGACAUUAUCUGUGAAAGUACAGGACAGUCCUUCUGCCUGUAGAAAUUUGGUUCUAAAAGAUGUCACUCGCGGCAAAGUGAUCUUAUGCUGGGACUCUCCACUCCUUGAUGGUGGUUCAGAAAUUACUAACUAUGUAGUUGAGAAAAGAGACUCUUCAAAGCGCACAUAUGCUGCUGUAACGAACAAAUGCAUGGAAACAACAUAUGAAAUUGACGAACUCUCUGAGAAGAUAUCAUACUUUUUCCGUGUGUCAGCAGAAAAUGAGAAUGGAGUUGGUGAACCAUGUGAGACAGCAGAGCCAGUUAAGGCUACUGAGAAACCUGGACCUGUCAAAGAUCUUGCUAUGAAAGACUCUACAAAAACGUCUGUGACACUACAGUGGAACAAACCAGAUUAUGAUGGUGGUAGCAUUAUUACUGAUUACAUAAUUGAGAAAAAACUCCAAGAUCAAGAAGAAUGGGCUCCUGCUGGAACAAACAAGCAUUGUGAACAUGUGGUUACAACACUUAAGGAACUCACAAACAUAUUUUUUAGAGUCUGCUCAAGGAAUGAGAAGGGCAACAGUGACUUUACUGAGAUCGGGCCAAUUAAAGUAAAGGACUAUAUCAUUCCACCAGAGGCAAGCCUAGAGGAGUAUUCCGACGGACAGGUCAGUGUUCGCAUGGGUCACAAUGUACAUAUUGAGCUUCCAUACAAAGGAAAACCAAGACCAUCAGUUACUUGGCUAAAGGACAAUUUGCCACUGAAAGAGAGUGAAAAAGUUCGCUUCAAGAAGACAGAGAACAAGGCAACCCUUAUGAUAAAGAAUGUGGAAAAAGAGAAUGGUGGUAAAUAUACCCUUACACUUGACAACACCAUCUGCAGGAAGUCAUUCCAUAUACAGGUCAUUACUCUUGGGGCACCAUCCAGACCCAUUGGUCCAGUUCGUUUGGAUGAAGUUAGAGCAGAAAGUAUAAGGAUAUCCUGGGACAAACCAAAUGAUGAUGGUGGUGGAGAAAUCACCUGCUAUAGUGUUGAGAAACGUGACACCUCUCAGGCUGAUUGGAAGAUGGCUUGUUCAAGUGUUAUAGGAACUACAUUCUGUGUAGCAAAUUUAAUCAAAGGAACUCAGUAUCAAUUCAGAGUAUGUGCAGAAAACAGGUAUGGUGUGAGUGAGCCUCUGAUUUCACAAAAUGUCAUCGCCAAGCAUGAGUUUAGACCUCCAGGAGCACCUGGCAUGCCAUUUGUCUAUAAUGUCACUAAUGAUGGCAUGACUAUUCAGUGGGAAGCACCUAUAUUUGAUGGUGGCUGCCCCGUACUUGGUUACCACAUUGAAAAGAAAGAAACAAACAGCAUCAUGUGGCAAAAGGUCAACCUUGUCUUGGUGACUGCAAAGGAAUAUAGAAUUACUGGUCUUAUUGAAGGUCUGCAAUACCAGUUCAGGGUUUAUGCUCAAAAUGAUGCUGGAUACAGUCGUAUGAGUGAUGAGAGCAAACCAACUAUGGCUGUUUCUCCUGUUGAUCCUCCUGGAACCCCUGACUAUGUUGAUCUAACAAGUGAAUCUGUGAAACUGAAAUGGGAUGCACCUAAAAGAGAUGGUGGAAGCAAAAUUGUCUCCUACAAUAUUGAGAAACGUCAGGGCCAGGGUCGCUGGUUGAAGACAAACUUCACAGAUGUAACUGAAACAGAGUUUCUAGUGACUGGUCUAACUUGUGGUGAACGAUAUGAAUUUAGAAUUGUAGCAAGGAAUGCCAUUGGCACCAUGAGCCCACCUUCUCAGUCUUCUGGCUAUGUUCUCAUCAGAGAUGAAAGUUCCGCACCAAACAUUGAAUUUGGACAGGAGUACUUUGAAGGGGUUUCCAUCAAAGCAGGAGAAAACAUCAAACUUAAAGUCACAAUUACAGGAAGACCAACACCCAAGAUCAAAUGGUUCAGGGAUGAUGUUGAACUAACUAAGAAGAUGGUAGAUAUCACAACAACUGCAGGCAUAAGCACCCUCUUUAUUAGAGAUGCUGAUCGCUCUCACCGUGGGGUCUAUGCAGUAGAAGCCAAGAACCACUCUGGAACCAAGAAAGAGCAAAUUAAAGUUGAAGUCUUUGAUACACCUGGAGAACCUGUUGGACCCAUUGUCUUCACAAAUAUCUCAGAGGGAAAAGUCACAUUUUCAUGGAAUCCACCAGAAAAUGAUGGCUGCUCUGAAGUUACUCAUUAUAUUAUUGAGAAGCGAGAGACUUCCAAAAUUUCCUGGACACUAGUUACAGAUCACUGUGAGGAGUGUACCUACAAUGCUACCAAACUAAUCAAGACCAAUGAAUACCAGUUCCGUGUGUCUGCUGUUAACAUAUUUGGGUCCAGUAGACCACUGGACUCUGCUCCUGUCAUCGCCCAAAUGCAAUAUACCGUUCCAGACUCUCCUGGUACUCCUGAUGCCACCAGUGUUGAUGGAGAGAGUAUUACAAUCAGCUGGACUGCACCAACAAAUGAUGGAGGAAAUGCAAUCAAAUAUUACAUUGUUGAAAGACGCGAGAAGAAAACUGGCCGUUGGGUGAAGGUCUUGACUAGGAAACCAAUUACUGAGGUUGCCCAUAGAGUAGCUCAUCUCACUGAGAAUGUGGAAUAUGAAUUCCGUGUUUACGCUGUCAAUGAUGCUGGAGUUGGAGCACCAAGUAAUAUUUCCUUGCCAAUUAAAUGCGCAGAGCCAACUGAAGUACCGGAUGGUCCUUCAAUUGUAAAUGUUACUGAUACCACCAACACAACUGUUAGUCUGGAAUGGACCAGACCUGGCUAUGAUGGUGGCAUGGAAGUCCAGGGAUACAUCAUUGAGGUUUGCAAGGAAACUGAAAAAGAAUGGCAUAGAAUAAAUGAAGAUCUUUGUACUCUCACAAAGUACUCUGCCACUGGUUUGGAAACAGGUGCAAAGUACAAGUUCCGCAUUAGUGCAAUUAAUGCAGUUGGAAAGGGUGAACCUAAAGAGAUCCUUGAACCAGUACAAGCAGUAGAUAGACUGUAUGCACCAGAGAUUGAUAUUGAUGCAAGCUUCCAACAGACACACAUUGUGAAGCGGGGUGGAAGUGUAUGUCUCCGUGUAGCUUUUAAAGGAAAGCCAGCACCUACAGCCUCAUGGAUAAAAGUGGGAGGAGAAUUUGGGGUAAAUGCUGAUGUAGCUUCCACAGAGACCUUCACUCAUUUAACACUGGGAAAGUGUACACGAAAUGACAAUGGAAAAUACACUCUCACUCUUGAGAACAGCAGUGGUAGCAAAUCCAUCACUUUUACAGUUAAAGUGCUGGACACACCUGGAGCACCAGGUCCUCUCAUGUUCAAGGAUGUUACAAGAGGUGCCCUUACACUUAUGUGGGAGCCCCCAGUCAAUGAUGGUGGUGCACGUGUUCAUCACUAUGCUGUGGAGAAACGUGAGGCUAGCCGGCGUACAUGGACAGAAGCAGCACCAAAGUGCACACAAACAAAUUUAAGAAUUUCUGAGCUCCUAGAAGGGGUGCCCUACUUCUUUAAGGUAAUGGCAGAAAAUCAGUAUGGCAUUGGUGAGGCUUAUGAAAUGCCUGAUCCAAUUAUUGCCACUGCUGAACCAGCUACACCCAAGAGACUGGACAUUAUUGAUACCACUGAUACAACAGUUACUCUUGCCUGGAUGAAGCCUGAACAUGAUGGUGGCAGCCGUAUCACAGCUUAUUGUGUGGAGGUUAAAACAAAGGGAACAGAUAAAUGGGUUGUUGGAGGUUCAACCAAAAACCUAAGUCUUGUUAUUGAGAGCUUAACUACAGGUACAGAGUAUGAAUUCAGAGUCAAAGCUAGGAAUGAUGCAGGUUACAGUGUUCCUAGAGAGGCUCUCACUUCUGUUGUUGUUAAAGAGCCCCGUAUUGAGCCAACUGCUGAUCUCAGUGGGAUUAGCAACCAGCUUAUCACCUGCAAGUCUGGCAGUUCAUUUGAAAUUGAUGUUCCAUUUAGUGGCAGACCAGCACCAAAUGUUAUCUGGAAGCUUGAGGAAAUGAGACUAAAGGAAACAGAUAGAGUCUCAAUCAAGACAAGCAAAAAUAGGACCAUUUUGACAGUUAAAGAAAGUAUGCGUGGUGAUGGAGGAAGGUACUUCCUUACCCUUGAGAAUGUGGCUGGAACUAAGACUUUCACUGUCAUUGUCAAUGUUAUUGGCAGACCCAGUCCUCCAGAGGGGUCUAUUGAGAUUUCUGCAAUUACUGCUGAGUCUUGUGAAUUGUCAUGGAAUGGUCCUGAGGAUGAUGGUGGAGCUGAAAUAACAAACUACAUUGUUGAGAAGCGUGAGUCUGGCUCAACAGCCUGGCAGCUUAUCAACUCUAGUGUGAAACGAAGAUCAUUCCAUGUUUCACAUCUAACAAAGUACAUGCAGUACACAUUCCGUGUCUCUGCAGAAAAUAGAUUUGGUGUGAGCAAACCAACUGAGUCUGAAACCAUUGUUGCAGAGCAUCCAUUUGUUCCAUCAGGACCUCCAACUAGACCAGAAGUGUUUACUGUUACUGCUAACAGCAUGAGCAUUCGUUGGGAGGAGCCAUACCAUGAUGGUGGUAGUAAGGUCACUGGGUACUGGAUUGAGAAAAAGGAACGUAACACUAUUCUCUGGGUCAGAGAAAACACCAUUCCCUGUUUUGAGUGUUACUACAAGGUAGAUGGCCUCAUUGAAGGUCUUGAGUACCAAUUCAGAGUGUAUGCUAUGAAUAGUGCUGGGCUCAGCAAAGCAAGUGAAGCCUCAAAGAGAGCUGUAGCUCAAAAUCCAGUUGAUCCCCCAGGCAAGCCAGAAGUAACUGGUGUGUCAAGAUCAUCAGUGUCUAUUAAAUGGUCUGUGCCUCUGAAUGAUGGUGGAAGCCCAAUUGUUGGUUACAUCGUUGAGCGUAAGCCAUAUACUGUCUCUGGAGAGGGUAGAUGGCUAAAGUGUAAUUACACUAAUGUUACUGACACAAACUUCACCAUUACUGCACUGGGAGAAGGAGAAGUAUAUGAGUUCCGUGUGAUUGCAAAGAAUGCUAACGGCGUGCUCAGUAUGGCAUCAGUUUCAACAGGAGCAGUGACAUGCAAGGCUGAAUACACACCUCCAAAAGCAGAAUUGGAUAGCAAGCUUCUUGUGGACACAGUUACUGUCAGAGCGGGGUCAGACCUUGUUCUUGAUGCUGCUGUUGGUGGAAAACCUGAUCCAAAAGUGUGCUGGGCCAAGGGACAGAAGGAGCUAGACUUUUGUGAGAAAUAUACUUUACAGUAUACUAGCUCCCGUGCUCUGGCGAUUAUCAAGUUCUGUGACAGAGAUGAUACUGGAAAGUAUGUUCUGACAGUGAAGAAUGCCAGUGGAACCAAAACAGCUGAAGUCAAUGUGAAGGUGCUUGACACACCGGGCCCAUGCCAGGAGAUAAAAGUAAGCAAUGUAACUGAAGAGAAAUGCACAUUGUCAUGGAAAGAGCCACUAGAGGAUGGUGGUGACCCCAUUACACAUUUUAUUGUGGAGAGGAGGGACACUAACAGACUCAACUGGGUCAUCUUUGAUGCUGAAUGCAAGGGCCUUGUAUGUAACAUAACUAGACUUUUCAAGAAUAAUCAAUAUAUUUUCCGUGUCAGAGGUGUAAACAAAUAUGGAGCUGGUGUGCCACUGGUAUCAUCACCCAUCUUUGCAAGAAACUCCUUUACUGUUCCAUCACCUCCGGGAGCAUCAGAAAUUAUUGCAGUUGGUAAAGACUUUGCAACAAUUGAGUGGCUAAAACCUGAAAAUAAUGGUGGUAGUGAAAUCAUAAACUACCUGAUUGAAAAGAAAGAGAGAAAAAGCAUUAGAUGGAUCAAGGUUAAUAAAGACACUAUACUCAAGGACACAACCUUCAAAGUUACCGGCCUACAGGAGGGCAGCAUUUAUCAGUUCCGUGUUACUGCCAUUAAUGCUGCUGGAGAAAGUGAGCCUAGUGAAGUGUCCAUGUACGCAGUGUGCCGAGUACCAUCAGACAAACCAGAUGCUCCGUCAAUUCCACGCGUAACAGAUACUCACAAGGACAGCAUUAGUCUUGCCUGGACAAGACCCAUAGAAGAUGGAGGUGCCGAUGUUAUUGGUUACAUUCUUGAAAUGCAGGAAUCAGGCAAAGAUGAAUGGAUCAAGUCCCACGAAAAGACUCUUAGAGUCACAGAACAUACUGUGAUAGGUUUGAAAACUGACAAAAAGUACUGCUUCCGAGUUGCUGCAGUCAAUGUGAAUGGAGCAGGUGACUAUAGUGACCCAUGUACUGAAGUAGAGCCAGUUGAAAGAAUUGAAUUACCUGAUCUCGAGCUUCCUGAUGACUUAAAGAAGACAAUAUGCCUCAGAGCUGGAAGCUCACUGCGUCUUCAUGUAACUGUUAUGGGAAGACCAGUUCCAGCUAUCACCUGGAGCAAGCCUGGUGUGGAUCUCCAAAACCGGGGAUUCAUUGAAGUGACAGAUGCUGCAACAACUCUUAUCAUUGACAAGGUGCACCGCUAUGAUGCCGGAAAAUACACCCUUGAAGCCUCUAAUUCAGCUGGCAAGAAGGAUGCUAGCAUUCUUGUCAAGAUCUAUGAUACUCCUGGUCCACCAGGCCCCAUCAAAAUAAAGGAGCUCACAACAGAGUCUGCUCACAUUACAUGGGAUGCCCCUGAGGUUGACGGUGGAGCACCUGUUAACAAUUAUAUCAUUGAGAGAAGAGAGACAUCAAUGAGAGCCUACAAAACAGUUACUUCUAAAUGCAGCAAAACAUCAUAUAAAAUUACAGGACUGUUAGAGGGAAUACACUACUACUUCAGAGUACUGCCUGAAAACAUCUAUGGCAUAGGUGAACCUGUUGAGACACAAGAUGCUGUUUUAGUGUGUGAAGUGCCACUGCCUCCAGCUAAACUUGACAUUGUAGAUAUCACAAAGUCAUCUAUUACUCUUGGGUGGGAGAAACCUAAACAUGAUGGAGGAAGCAGAAUCAUUGGCUACAUUGUUGAAGCUUGCAAGGCUGGUACAGAGAAAUGGAUGAAGGUUGCUUCUUUAAAAUUAACAGACUUUGAAUACACCAUUGAAAAACUGAAUGAAAAUGAGCAGUACCUAUUCAGGGUGCGUGCACUUAACAGCAGAGGUAGUAGUGAACCCAAAGAAAUUGUUACUCCUGUAACAGUACAAGAACAAAGAGUUAUGCCAAAGGUUGAUCUAUCAAGUAUUCCACAAAAGAUGAUCAGUGUUUUGGCAGGCAAACCCCUUGAACUUAAUUUGCCAAUCAUUGGAAGGCCACCUCCAGUUUCCUCCUGGUACUUUAAUGAUGAUAGGCUGAAGAUACAGGAACGUGUGAAGAUUCAGUCUACUGGGAAAUUCUCUAGGUUAACUGUUCUGAACACCACAAUUGAUGAUACUGGAAAAUACACCCUUGAACUAAAGAAUAUUGUCGGAAUUACUAAAGAGAAGUUUAAAGUAAUCAUUCUUGACAAACCUGAUCAGCCUAAUGGACCUAUUCGUUUUGAUGAGAUUGAUGCAACUUCUGUUACAAUAAGCUGGGACCCACCAGAAAGAGAUGGAGGUGCUCCUGUAUCUAAUUAUAUAGUUGAACAACGUGAUGCUCAUCGUCCAGGAUGGAUACCAGUUUCUGAAUCAGUCAGCAGGCCAACCUUUAAAUUUGACAGGCUAACAGAGGGAGAUGAGUACGUCUUCCGUGUCUCAGCCGUCAAUCGCUAUGGUGCUGGAGACUUCUUGCAGUCUGAAAUUGUGGAAUGCAGGAGUCUUAAAUCCAUUCCUGGACCACCUGGCCGCCCAAUAGUUUUUGAUGUGUCUCGGGAUGGGAUGACCAUUGCUUGGGAACCACCAGAUGAGGAUGGUGGCUUGGAGAUAUCUGGCUACAUCAUUGAGCGUAAGGAGGUCAGAGCUGACAGAUGGGUUCGGGCUAAUAAAAACCCUGUGACAAUGACAAGAUACAGGUCCACUGGUCUUAUCGAUGGCCUGGAAUAUGAGCACAGAGUCACUGCCAUCAAUGCUAGAGGUGUUGGCAAACCCAGUCUUCUCUCGAAACCAGCUGUGGCAACUGAUCCAGUUGAUCCACCUGGCUCACCUCAGAACCCGAGAUUAAUAGAGACUACUAAGACAUCUGUGUCUUUGGCUUGGAAUCCACCUGAUGAAGAGGGUGGCUCUAAAAUUACUGGUUACCUAAUAGAGAUGCAGAAGGUUGGUUCUGUAGCUUGGAUGAAGUGCAAUUCUACACCUACAAUGAUUUGUGAAUACACCCUGACAAAAAUGCCUCAAAACGAGGAGUUCAGAUUCAGAGUCUUGGCUUGUAAUGCUGGUGGACCAGGCGAACCUGCUGAAGUGCCAAGAACAGUCACUGUGACAGAGAUGCUUGAACCUCCGAGUCAUGAUCUUGAAGCUAAGUACAAAGAUAUAUUUGUUGUCCGACAUGGAGCAGUCAUCAAACUUUCGGUUCCUAUAAAAGGCAAGCCAACACCUGUUUGCAAAUGGACAAAGGAUGGCUCAGAUGUCUCUAACCGAGCAAUGAUUGUCUCUAAUGAGGAUGUUUCUGAGCUUGUUAUCAAGGAUGCUGUACGGUCUGACUCUGGUGUUUACAUUCUUCAUCUUGAAAACAAGUGUGGCAAAAAGAUAGUGCAAAUCAAGGUCAAGGUAAUUGGUCGUCCAGCAGCUCCUGAGGGUCCUCUUGGAUUUGGGGAUAUCCAAGCACAUUCUGUAAGAGUGAGCUGGAAGCCACCAAAAGAUGACGGUGGCACAGAAAUCCUUGGAUAUAUCGUUGAGCGGCGUGAGGUAACAAAGGCAGCCUGGUAUACUGUGGAUUCCAGAGUGGUUGACACAUCUUUGGUAGUUAAAGGACUACAGGAAAAUGUUGAAUACCACUUUAAGGUGACAGCAGAGAAUAAGUAUGGCAUCAGUGGCUCCCUUAAAUCUGAACAACCGGUUGUACCAAAGACUCCAAUAUGUGUGCCAGAGGCUUCAAGUACACCACCAGAGAUCAUGGAUGUUACUAAGUCCUCUGCUGAUCUCGCUUGGAUUAAACCUAAAGACGAUGGUGGAUCACAAAUCACUGGAUACUUUAUAGAGUAUAAAGAGGUGUCAUCUGACAAGUGGGUUCGCCACGAGACAAGGGUUAUUUCCACCAUGUACACUAUUAGUGGACUCACCGCUGAUGCAGAAUAUCAGUUCCGUGUGAUUGCUGUAAAUGAAAUUGGAGAGAGUGAACCUGGACCUGCAUCAGAUUCAGUCAUAUGCAAAGACCCAUUUGAUAAACCAAGUCAACCAGGGGAGAUAGACACUUCGUCUGUAACUAAAGAUUACAUAACUAUUUGCUGGGAAGCUCCUCAAUGUGAUGGUGGAAAGCCAGUUCUUGGCUACUGGGUUGAGUGCAGAAAAUCAGGGGAGAGCACUUGGAAGAAGUGUAACAGGGACUUAUUAAAAGAAAAACAAUUUACUCAGAGUGGUUUGCAAGAGGCCACUGAAUAUGAAUUUAGAGUAUUUGCUGAAAAUGAAACUGGACUCAGCAGGCCUCGUAGGACUGCAGCAGGGAUUAAAACCAAACUAGGCGCUGGAACUAAACCAGCCCUCAGAAAAGAGAUGGAUGAAGUUACUGCCAAGCUUGGAGAGACUGCCACUCUAAAAUGUCAAAUCAUUGGAAGGCCUGUCCCAGAAAUUAAAUGGUACAAAGGUGGAAAAGAAAUCAAAGAGGGCCGUAAAUAUGCUGCAACCUCUGAUGGCCGUUGCCAUACUUUAACCAUCUCAACAGACCAGCAAGAAGAUGAAGGCUUGUAUACAUGCAAGGCUGUGAAUGAAGCUGGAGAAUGUGAGACCAGUGGAACCUUGGUUCUAGAAGCAGCACCUCAAUUCCCUGUCCCAUUAAAAGAGAAAAUCUUUGCAGGAUGUGGUACAACUGUACGUAUUCAUGCUGUGUAUAUAGGUCGUCCUGUUCCAAAAAUUAUGUGGCUUCAUGGAGCCAAACCUGUGGAGCAAUCGGAAAAUGUCAUCAUUGAGAACACAGAGCAUUACACUCAUUUGAUUUUAAAGAAUGUCCAACGCAGGGUGAAUGGGGGAAAGUAUAGAAUCAGGAUCAACAACCACUUUGGCUCUGCAGAUACUGUAACACAACUUGAAAUCCUAGACAAACCUUACAUGCCAGAAGGACCUAUUGUUCUUGAAGCUUUAUUGAAGAAUUCUGUGAUAAUAAGUUGGAAGGCAUCAAAAGAUGAUGGUGGAUCAAUGAUAACAAACUACAUUGUGGAGAAGCGUGAAGACAGAGAGGGUGCUGAGUGGCAACUUGUCUCAUCAUCUAUUUCAGGCACUUCAUGCCGCAUUUCCCAUCUUGUGGAAAAUGAAGGCUACUUCUUCCGCAUUUCAGCACAAAACCGUUAUGGCAUCAGUGAACCAUUGGAGACACCAUCUGCUAUUCUCAUCAAGAGUCAAUUAGAUAAGCCAGGUGCACCAUUAAAACCAGUUAUAUCUGGAGUGACCAAGACCUCUUGUGUUGUUUCUUGGAAACCACCUCUUAGUGAUGGUGGCUCUAAGAUCAAAAGUUAUAGUCUUGAAAAGAAGAACAAAAAGGAAGGUGAAUGGGUUGCCGUAACCACUGAUGAGAUUCACCAGACAGUUUAUUCUGUAAAAGGGCUUAAAGAAGGUCUGGAGUAUAUUUUCCGUGUGAAAUGUGAAAAUCUUGGUGGAGAGAGUGAAUACAGUGAAGAGUCAGACCUUGUCAUUCCAAGAACCGAUAUUGACAUAUGUGCUCCUGCCUUUAAAGAAGACCUUAGAAAUAUGAGUGUGAAAUACAAUAGCAAUGCAAUAUUUGUUUGCAAGAUAUCAGGACAACCCAAACCUGUGAUCAAAUGGUUCAAGCGUGGCAAAGAAAUUCUGGCAGAUGGAAUAAAAAUCAAGAUCCAGGAAUUUAAGGGAGGUUAUCAUCAACUUGUCAUUGCUAAUGCUGAUGAGGAUGAUUCAACAGUUUAUCAGAUCAGAGCAACAAACCAGGGAGGCUCAAUUUCUGCAACUGUUUCUCUUGAUGUUGAAAUACCAGCAACGAUUCAUUUACCUAAGAACCUACAAGACAAGGAGGCCAUCUGUGCUCUACGUGGUGAAAUGGUGAACAUCAAGAUUCCAUUCAGUGGAAAACCAGAUCCAGUUAUCACAUGGCAGAAGGGACAAGAUCUUCUUGAUAACAAUGGGCACUAUCAAGUCAUCGUCACAAGAUCAUUCACAGCUCUUGUGUUCCCAAAUGGAGUGGAUCUGAAGGAUGCUGGUUUCUAUAUUGUCUGUGCAAAGAACAGAUUUGGGAUUGACCAACAAACAGUCGAACUUGAUGUUGCAGAUGUCCCUGAUCCACCUCGUAGCAUCAAAGCCAGCGAUGUGUCUAGGGAUUCUGUUACACUUAAUUGGGUGGCACCUGCCAGUGAUGGAGGAAGUAGAGUUAGAAACUAUAUUAUUGAGAAGUGUGCCACUACAGCAGAGAGAUGGAUCCGUGUUGCCCAGUCACGUGACACUCAUUACACUGUAACCAACCUGUUUGGAAAAACAAGCUACCAAUUCCGUAUAAUAGCAGAGAACAAAUUUGGCCAGAGUGCGCCAUCUGAACCAAGUGGACCAGUUGUUACAAAGGAAGAUAAAUCAAGAGUUCUUAACUAUGAUGAGGAGGUUGAUGACAGCAGACCUGUCUUUAAGGGUAAAGCUCCUCAUUCAGAGGUUAAGAAUCUACACAACAAAUAUAUGAUUGCUGAAGAGCUUGGCCGUGGACAGUUUGGCAUUGUUCAUCGUUGUGUUGAGAUUAGUUCUGAGAAGACAUUCUUUGCCAAAUUUGUUAAAGUCAAAGGUGCAGAUCAAGCAAUAAUAAAGAAAGAAAUUGCCACACUAAAUGUGGCACGUCAUAAGAACUUCCUGCAGCUGCAUGAAUCAUUUGACAGUCCUGAAGAACUAGUUAUGAUACAUGAGUUUAUAUCUGGUGUUGACAUAUUCGAGCGUAUUGGCACAGCAAACUUUGAGCUCAAUGAACAUGUAAUUGUUAGUUACAUCAGACAAGUAUGUGAAGCACUUGAGUUUCUACACAGCAAGAGUUAUGGCCAUUUUGAUAUAAGGCCUGAGAAUAUUGUAUACACUACAAGAAGGGGAACUGCUAUCAAGAUCAUUGAAUUGGGACAAGUUAGACACCUCACACCUGGAGAACAAAUUAAGAUUCAGUACACAACAGCUGAAUAUUCGGCACCUGAAAUUCAUCAAAAUGAGCUUGUCAGCUCUGUCACAGAUAUGUGGUCUGUUGGUGUCCUUGUAUAUGUUCUCCUGAGUGGCCUCAAUCCUUUUAUUGCUGAAACAAAUCAACAAAUGAUUGACAACAUCUCCAAUGCUGAGUACAGUUUUGAUGAUGAAUCCUUUAAACAGGCAAGUGUUGAGGCAUUAGACUUUAUAGAUCGCCUUCUUACCAAAGACCGUAAACAUCGUAUGACAGCUGCUGAAGCUUUGAAUCAUCCUUGGCUGACAAUGAACUCAGAGGAACUAAGCAUUAGGUCAAUCAAGGUCACAAGACACAAGAGAUACUACCAAGCUAUGGUGAGAAAAGAAUGGAAUACUGUUGUCUCAUCUGCUCGUAUUGCUAGUGGUGGUGCUAUCAGAAGUCAGAGGGGUGUAACGGUAGCCAAAGCAAAGAUUGCAGCAUUUGAACAUGGUCCAGGUGCUGGGCAAAUUAAACACAGUGUUGCUGAUGAAGGAGAUGAUGUAAAAUUUAUUUGCAACAUUGACAACUAUGAUAACAGUACUGAAGUUACAUGGUACUGUGGAGUUCGGCAACUAGAGGAAAGUGCCAAAUGUGAAAUUACCUAUGAAGAGGGUCUUGCUACAAUCACUAUCAAGAGCAUCAAUAGAUCUGAUGAUGGAACAUACCGAUGCAAAGUGGUCAAUGAAUAUGGUGAAGACAGUGCAUAUGCAGAGCUCUUUGUUAAAGGUGUCAGAGACUAUCGUAGCUUCUACACAGCACGUGUGGUGCGGAAAGUCAAACGCAGAAUUGACACAGCCCGUCUUCUCCAAAGACCUCCAGAGUUCACCCUUCCACUGUGUAAUCGCACUGCUUACUUUGGUGAAACUGUUCGAUUUGGUGUUACCAUUACAGUACACCCUGAGCCACGUGUUUUGUGGCUGAAAUCCGGGCAGAAGAUUUCCCCAGGAGAUGAUGACAAGAAAUAUACUUUUAUAAGUGACAAAGGUCUGUAUCAGUUAGUUAUUCACAACCUUGACUCUGAUGAUGAUACAGAAUACACUGUAGUGGCACGCAACAGGUAUGGUGAUGACAGCUGUAAGGCUCGUCUCACAGUGAUUCCUCGCCCUGCACCUGCUGACAGUACAAUAAGACCCAUGUUCAAGCGCCUACUGGCAAACAUGGAAUGCAAAGAGGGCCAGAGUGUACGCUUUGAGAUCAGAGUAUCAGGAUCACCAUCACUAAAAUGGGAGAAGGAUGGUACACCUUUGGCAUUUGGUCCCCAGAUUGAAGUUGUUCAUGAGGGUUUGGACUACUUUGUCUUACACAUUAGAGACACUCUUCCAGAAGAUUCUGGUAUAUACAGAGUAACUGCCACUAAUUCUGCUGGUUCUGCUAGUUGCCAAGCCACACUUAGGGUUGAACGUGUGAUGCAUGUCAAGAAGGACUUUGAGUAUGUUGGGGAUAAGAAAAAGAAGCAAGCUCUAGACCAACAACAGAUUGACAAGAAAGUCAGAUUAACACAGAUACUGGCUGGUACAGAUGAAAUAGCACUUAUUCCUGUAGCAAAACAGGCAUUAAAAGAGGCUGCAGCUAUGUUCAAACCAGCUGUAACCACUAAAAAGGUAAAGACUGAAGCUGAGGAGGCAAAGGAAAAAGAAGAAAGAAGGAAAAGGGCAGAGGAAAAGAGAUUGAGAAUGCCAUAUGAUGUCCCUGCACCUCGUAUUUAUGGUCCUACUACUCUUCAGGAAGACAUGGAGAUCAAGCACUUUAAACCAUUAUCUGACAUGAAGUGGUACAAGAAAUUACGAGAUCAAUAUGAGUUCCCUGAACCAAUGGAAAAAAUUCCUGAGAAAAGACUUAAGCGUAUUCGGCUGUCAAGGUGGGAACAAUUUUAUGAAGUGCCAUUUCCAAGGGUUAAAGAUCAAUACAAGCCAAAAUUCCGCACACCAACUGUUUCACAAGAUGACUUGGAAACUGUUAGACCAGCAAGAUGGCGAACACCUUCUCCAGACAUGCUAGCUUGCUGCAGAAUAAGAAGGUAUUCACUUGGAGAUCUUUCUGAUGAGGAAUUGCUUCUUCCUGUUAAAGAAUACCUGUCAAUGAAGAGUACAGAGGAAGAAAGACUUAAACUUGAGGAGGAACUUAGAUUAGGCUACUCUGCUUCUCCACCAAGUCUAAGUCCUGUACGCUUUGAACUCUCUGCUUUGCGUCCUACAUCACCGAAGAGGACUGUAUAUGAUGUUGAAGCUGAAGAAGAAGGGGAAGUUCCUUCAUAUGACACUUAUCGCAUUCCUUCCAAGUAUGAAGCUGGCCCAAGCUACAUUGAUCUACGUCAGAGACAUGAUAAAGCAACAUAUAGACCUCCUAAACAGAAGCAAAGAAUGUAUGAAGAAAAGGAGGACCAAGAACUUCUUAGACCAGUCACUACCACAUCAAGGAUAACUUCUUACAGGAGUCAGCUGAAACAUAUGGAGUUUGAGGAAAAAACAAAAAUCACAAGAGCAGAGAAAACAAAAAUUUCAGUACCUACAGUAAUUAAGGGAGACACAUUUGACAUAUCUGAUGUAAAGAUUAGAUCAUUUUCACCUAGUUAUAGUAAGGUGACACAACCCAUGGCUGAGAAGUCUCCUACAGUGGCUGAGGACAAAAAAGCAAGCAUAUUACUUCCAAGCCCAGAGGGGAAACAUUCACACUCUACAAGCCUAGUGUCAACUGAGAAAGCAGUGUCUACCCAAGACCUGUCCAUAAAGGUUGACUACAUGCAACGUUAUGAAGCAAUGAAAAAAUCUUUGAAAACUGAGACAAAGUUUGAAACAGUUUCUCAGCAGCCAUUUAGUCUUGACCAUACACCAAGGGUGACUGUAAGAAUGCGCUCCCAUCGUGUAGCAGUUGGUCAAAAUACAAAAUUCACAUUGAACGUUCAAUCUAAACCAGAAGCACAAAUCCAGUGGUAUCACAAUGGCCAGCCUAUUCAAGAAGGCAAUAAGUAUCAGAUGUAUAACUUGAGUGGGGUUCUUUCUCUCCAGAUCAUUGACUGCCAAGAACAAGACAGUGGGACUUACCGUGUCACCUGCACAAAUGCAAAGGGAGAAGCCUCAGACUAUGCCACAUUAGAUGUUUCUGGAAAUGAAUUUUUUGCAUAUUCAUCUCAGCGCAAAGAGGAAGAGCCUCCAACUCCUUUUAUACCUGAAAUGACAAGAACAGAUGUUUAUCAUGUGUCAUCAUCAAAGGCAACAUCUACCACCAAAGCACACAUUUCAGAAGAAUUAACUGAAAUUAAAACAUCAGAAAUCAAAACAGAGGCAACAGAAAUUGUUAUUCAAGAAGAGUAUGUAUCAUCUGAGGUAAAGCUUAAAACAACGGAAAUGGUAACAGUAGAGGAAGCUCCAGUUGAGACAAGGAAACCAACCCGUUCCGUUACAAUUCUAACUAAGCCACAGUCACUCACUGUUUCUGAGGGAGACUCAGCCAAAUUUACAUGCGAUGUGGAUGGUGAACCAGUACCCUCUAUAACUUGGUUAAGGAAGGGACAAGCUAUUGUAUCAUCCCACCGUCAUCAUGUAACAACAACAGAAUACAAGUCCACAUUUGAGAUAUCACAAGUUGAAAUUUCAGAUGAAGGAAACUACACAUUGGUUGUGGAGAACUCUGAGGGUAAACAAGAAGCAGAAUUUACACUGACUGUUCGCAAACCAACACCUGUGAAGAAAGUUCUUGCUUCUCCUCCAAGAGUGAAGUCUCCAGAGUCUCCUCGUCUGAAGUCACCUGCAGGUAUCAGAUCCCCACCAAGAAUCAAGUCACCUGAACCAAUUAGGUCACCACAAAGAGUCAAGUCACCACUCACACCAAAGUCACCAGUUCCAAAAGAGAAAACAACCAAGCCUAGCUUUUCAGCAGGACUGAAUGAUAUUAUUGCUUUGUCAGAUACAAUUAUCAAGCUGACAGUAAAAGUUGUGGCUGUGCCUAAACCAGUGAUUUCCUGGGUAAAAGAUGGGAAGAGUGUCACACAGGGUGGAAAAUAUGAAAUAUUUGAGGAAAACAGUUCUGCACAUCUUGAAAUCUAUGAUGCCGAUACUUCUGAUAGUGGUGUUUAUGAAUGCACUGCAAAAAACUGUGAUGGAUCAGUUACAACAAGAUGCACUGUAACUGUUAAAGAAUCAGGAGAAUUAACAGCAUUCGGUGUACAAACAAAGGCAGAACUAAAAGAAGCUCUUGUAAGACAGGAGAUAAUUCAUGAAGAAGUCCAGAACAUUUCAGAAAUUAAAGCUUCACAAACACAAAUAAAAAUGACUGAAGGCCAGUCUGUCACACUGAAAGCAAAUAUUCCUGGGGCUUCUGAUGUAAAAUGGAUUAUGAAUGGAAUAGAACUAAUCAAUUCAGAGCAAUAUAGAUAUGGUAUUUCUGGAAAUUACCACACUUUGACCAUUAAGAGAGUAAGUUCCCAUGAUAGAGGAAUUGUCACAUGUGAGGCAAAAACUGAACAAGGAUUGGUCAAGUGCCAGUUUGACACAACAGUGAGUGAAAAAUUAUGCGGUGCACCAAGCUUCCUAGUGCAACCACAUUCCCAGAACAUAAAUGAAGGACAGGAUGCCAUAUUCUCUUGUGAAGUAAUGGGUGAUCCUACCCCUGAAAUUGAAUGGCUAAAGGACAACAAAGUGUUAUCCAUUGCAUCAAAUAUGAAACUGAGUCGCUCUAAGAAUGUGUAUAAACUGGAGAUUCAGAAUACCAAUGUUGAGGACAGUGGCAAAUACACAGUGACGGCCAAGAAUCAAUUUGGACAGUGUUCUGCAACAGCAUCUCUCAAUGUUCUUGCUCUGGUUGAAGAACCUGUCAAAAUGAUUGCAAUGAUGGAAAGCUCAGAUGCUACAGGCAUACAAAGUAGCAGUUCUGCCUUGCACGUGGCUUCAACAAUACAGGAAGCAACAAGCAGCAGCUCCAGCAUGGCUCAGAUUAAAUUUCAAAGCAUGUCAAAAACUAGCAUGACUUCAAUGACAUCUGAAUCAGUGGUAGCCAUGGGUUCAUGCAGCAUGAUGGAAAUGUCUACUCAUGCACAUGUUGCGGGGUCUUCCCUCAGAUCCAUUUCGUACAAGUACAAAGGUGUACCACCUAAAAUUGAAGCUGCCCCUGGGGAUAUUAGCAUAGAGUCCGGAAAGGUUCUAACUGUGGCCUGUGCUUUCUCUGGAGACCCAAUACCAGAUGUUCAGUGGUCCCGUUCAGGGAGGAUACUGUCCAGUGAAGAGAGUGAAAGGCUCCAGAUUGAGAACACUGAGGACACUACUACACUCACUAUUUGUGGCAUAAAAGAAAAUGAUGCUGGAGCAUACACCCUCAAACUUUCAAAUGAGCUUGGCUAUGAUACUGCUACCGUCAACAUCAAAAUUCGCUCUAUGUGAAAAAAUAUGUAUUAAUCCAGUCCAUACCCUUUUUCCUUUCUUCAAUAUAUUUUAUUUAUUGAAUGAGUAAGAAAAACAAUGUUCUAGAUAAAGACCUGGAUCUCUGUUCUGUAAAUAUGAACUAUUUUUAUACCAAACGUGACAUUCAUUUAUGCCAAACUAGACAAAAGUCUAAAAUUGUUAUAAAAUGUGCCAUAUUGGGUAAUUACGACUUUUUGAACCAUUUUUCUGUGACAUGUACAUAAUGUAUAUAGCCGAAUUUAACGGUUAUGGAGAAUGUAUGAAUUGUUAUUUAUGACAAUAACUUAAACAAAUUGAAUGAAAUGUUUAACAGGAGAAAGUUUCUCAUGGAACGAAUACCCUGUGAAACCUGAAACAAAAUUAUGUGCCUCAACAAUACGUUGAAGUAUUAAGAUUGCCUCAACAGGUAGAGAGGCUCCCUGUUGAAGUUCUACUAAAUAAAGGGACAAAUGCACUGUACAUCUGUGCAUAUAGUAUUGCAGUAUUCAAAUGAAUUUACAACUUGACCAUAAGACCUUGAAUGCUGUUUGUGUCUCACCCUCACAUAAGCAGCAUGACUAGGUCUUGUGUUCUGUCUGACUAUAUCAUAUCACCAUUUUAAUGACAUGCUGAAAGUGCGAGCGGCCUGCACAAUGAGCUGAUGAUGAUAUGCGCUUACGUUCUGUCAAAGGACUGUUUGAAUUUGAUCUAAUGAAAGCAACAUCACCUGGCCAUUAAUUUAUUUAUCAACUCAGAUACUCCUUUGCAGAAUGUAUGCCACCUCUUGGAGGAAUGCUAGGUUAUAUUGUGUGUUUUUGUGUUAGUGUGUGUUAGUGUUAGGAUCUCAUUUUGCCAGGGUAAUCAUCAAGCAGUAUACCACAGUAAAGACAUCUGCUGUGCAUAGAGAACUACAUUCAAAAAUAAAUGAAUGCAAUACCCUGCACUACAAUUCAAUAGCAAUGCAUAUAUGUAGAUUUACCUAUAUAUUCUGCCUCCUUGAGUUUUAUGAAUUUUUGAUUUAAUAAAGCAUGAUUUCAGCACCAUAAAUCUUAAGCAUUAUAUUUCAUUAUUG